AUGGAGAAGAUGAGUGAUGAUGUCGAGGAAGAGGAGGGCAGAGCAAAGUCUGUCAUGUCAGACUGUCUGUCUGUGGAGAGUGACCGGUCUGAAGAUCUUCGACCGGACUUCAGUAAAGAACCAGGACCCUCAGAUUCACGGUAAGAAAAAUACAUUUUAACCUCCAAACUCUCAAACAGUAAUUUACGAUGCUCUAAUUUCUGACCCCUCUGUUUUAUACCAUGGUGAAGAAAAAUGAUCUCUGCUCUCAAAACGGUGAUUUUCCUCUUUAACCUCCAACCUGGAGAAAGUAAAGAAAAAGUCACUGAGCACAUAUUUACUUAUUAUUCCUAAUGUUUAUAAAAAUGAAGGUGGUAUAAAACAGCAUUUGAAAAGGAUUCUGACCUCUGUAUUUUCUGAUUUGGUUCCUGUGUUUGGGACGUUUUGAGCCUGUUAGUCUUUGGACUGUGGUGUAUAGACCCCAGAAAACAGUCUGUGGUAGGCCUGCACGAUAUAUCGUUUGACUAUCGUCAUCGCGAUGUACGUGUGUGCGAUAGUCACAUCGCAGAGCCUGCGAUAUUGGAGGUGAAUGAACUCAUUUAAUUUCAAGGGUAACUGACUGAGAUACACUGCAUGUGACUCUGCAUGUGCUUUGCAGCGAUCCACCAAUCACAUUCGUCCUUAACUCAGUUGCCAAUCAGACUCACUUCUCAGUUGCCAAUCAGACUACCCUGCCAGCUGUCAAUCAAAAUCAGAGAGGAGGAAACCCACCCCUGCACAUGUUCUGCACAUGGAGGGAGACGCGUGUCCGCUGAGAAUUACUUUCGGAACUUUACUCAUGACUAUUAAGCCCAACAAAUAAGAACUGUAUGGGUUUUAAAUUGUACAUUUCCGUGGACCACUCUACUAUAAGCGGUGCGCGUUUGCGAGGUGCAUGCAAUUCUCGGAGGACAUGCGUUUCUCGGCACAACACCGCUAACAACAACAACAUUGCAAAAUGAGCAACGAACAAGCGAAAACCACGGAAAAUGAAGAUUUGUUGCCCAAAAGAAAAGGAAAGUCAAUUAUCUGGAACUACUUCGGUUAAAAGGAGGGUGUCGACCAAAACACGUGUUCUGUGUUAAUCUGUUGCCACAAUAAAGUCCCAGCACAAUAAAAGCUAAAAAUAUCUCUGAGACAGAAGCCAUUCUAACAUUCACAAAAAGAGGUAAGAUCAGUGUAGGGUAACUGUCCUCAAGAUUUCAGCAGUGCAGCAUAACAUUAAAUGCUAUUCAGGUCAUCUGGUGAAAAUUCCUGUAUUUUUAUUAUCGCAAUCUAUAUCGCAGGGUUGAAAAAAAUCGCAAUAUUAUUUUUUUCCAAUAUCGUGCAGCCUUAGUCUGUGGGACACAAAAUACCGGAAGACCAACAAAGAAAUAAAUCCUGAGAAAUAAAAACUCAUUCAGAGCAUCUGUCUGUUAUUAGACCUUUAGAUCUGAUUGGUUAAAAAAAUGUUUUAAACUGUCAGAGAAAAUCUCUCUACCUUCAAAAAUCACAGUUUAGUUUUUUCUCCUGUCUCCACACUUUGAGGCAGCAGCAGCUGAAUAUUUUACUGGGGAUUGUUUUAUGUUAGAGAAAAGAGAAACUCUGGUUUAAUAAAUGUUUCUUAUUCUGAAUCUUUCAAACAUGAAAUGAUAAAGAAAAUAAAUGUUCUUUAUUUCCACAGAGAGACACAGAGAUGUGACUCUGUGGAGGAGCAGCUGUCCAGCUCUGAUGGAAGUAAGUCUGAACAUCUGUCCUCUAAAGUCUGUGUGGAUGAAAACUCAGCUGACUGAUUUUCACAAAGACGUUUUAGUGUUGAGCAGUUUGGUUCAUUUUAUUUUUCUUCUCUUUCAGAAGAUGGCGGUCUGCAGGAGGUUUUAGAUGAACAUAAGAUCAGUCUGAAGAGGAGAUGUGAACGUGUGAAUGAAGGAAGUGAAGAAACAGGAAGUAGUCAAACCCUCCUCAACAGGAUCUUCACUGAGCUCUACAUCACAGAGGGACUGAGUGAAGAGGUGAACACCCAACAUGAGGUGAGACAGCUGGAGACAGCUUCAAAGAUGAAGACCCUCCAUGACACGCCCAUCAAGUGUCAUGAGAUCUUUCAAACCUUACCUGACCGACAGAAGAAGCUCAUCAGAGUGGUUCUGACCAACGGCGUGGCUGGUGUUGGAAAAACCUUCUCAGUGCAGAAGUUCACUCUGGACUGGGCAGAGGGUUUGGAGAACCAAGACCUCCAUCUGGUGGUCCUGCUUUCAUUCAGGGAGCUGAACCUGAUCAGAGAUGAGCGCUUCAGUCUUCUGAGUCUGCUCCAUGUUUUCCAUCCAACACUAGAGAAGGUCACAGCAGAGACGCUGGCUGUCUGUAAACUUCUGUUCAUCUUUGACGGUCUGGAUGAAAGCAGACUGUCUCUGGAUUUCAAACGCACCAAGGUUGUGUCUGACGUCACACAGAAGUCUUCACUCAACGUUCUGUUAACAAACCUCAUCAAGGGGAACCUGCUCCCCUCAGCUCUCAUCUGGAUAACUUCUCGACCUGCAGCAGCCAAUCAGAUCCCUCCUUCAUGUGUGGACAGGGUAACAGAAGUACGAGGCUUCACUGACGCCCAGAAGGACGAGUACUUCAGGAAGAGGUUCAGGGCUAAAAAUCUGUCCAGAAGAAUCAUCUCACACACCAAGUCCUCCAGGAGCCUCCACAUCAUGUGUCAGAUCCCGGUCUUCUGCUGGAUCACUGCUACAGUUCUGGACGACAUGAUGAGAAGAAAGCAGAGAGGAGAGCUGCCCAAGACCCUGACGGACAUGUACUCACACUUCCUGCUGGUCCAGACGAAGAGGAAGAAGCAGAAGUAUGAAGGAGGACAUGAUACAAGUCUUCAGGAGUUGACUGAGGCUGACAGUGAGGUCCUCCUGAAGCUGGGGAGGCUGGCCUUUGAACAUCUGGAGAAAGGAGACAUCAUGUUCUACCAAGAAGACCUGGAGCGGUGUGGUCUGGAUGUCUCAGAGGCCUCGGUGUACUCAGGAGUUUGUACAGAGAUCUUCAGAAGAGAGAGUGUGAUCUUCCAGAAAACUGUUUACUGUUUCGUUCAUCUGAGCGUUCAGGAGUUUCUGGCUGCAGUCUACAUGAUCCACUGUUUUACAAACAGGAACACAGAAGUUCUGGAGACUUUUCUAGAAGAACACCAGUACACUGACCCAGAACCAAAGUCUAUUCGUGAACGUUUCUUGAGUUAUUUUGGGGUCACUUUGAGCCUUGGUCCAUCUCAGGAUGUCUUCCUGAAGAGAGUCAUGGAGAAAUCCCUUGACAGUGAAAAUGGUCACCUGGACCUGUUUGUUCGCUUCCUUCAUGGACUCUCUCUGGAGUCAAACCAGAGACUCUUAGGAGGUCUGCUGGGUCACACAGACAACAGUCGAAAAAUGAUCCAAAGAGUCAUCAAGAACCUGAAGGAGAUGAACAGUGAAGAUGUCUCUCCUGACAGAAGCAUCAACAUCUUCCACUGUCUGAUGGAGAUGAACGAUCUGUCAGUUCAUCAGGAGAUGCAAGAGUUCCUGAAGUCAAAGAACAGAACAGAGAAGAAACUCUCAGAGAUCCACUGCUCUGCUCUGGCCUACAUGCUGCAGAUGUCAGAGGAGGUUCUGGAUGAGUUGGACUUAAAGAAGUAUAAAACAUCAAUCCAGGGAAAACAGAGACUGAUCCCAGCUGUGAGGAACUGCAGAAAGGCUGAGUAAGUCCAGGUUUUACUCUCAGAAUCAUGUAAAUGAUCCCUGUAGUUCUUCUAAUGUCCACGUUACUGAUGAUGUUCUUCUUCAAAUAGAAAUUCACUCAAAUAUCAGGGAGGGGGUUUCUUCAGCAAAAACAUGAUCCUGGUGUCUAAAGUCCUGUUAGUCCAGGAUGAGGUCUACCUGUGGACCCCUGAGAACUUGUCCUGAUUGUGGAGGACCUCUUUGUUUUGAAUCGUGUCUGUAAUGAAUAAAGUCGAACUUUCAGGACAAAUCAGCGACCAUAUCUGAGGACACACAGAGGUUUUCUGAUGAUGGUAUCAGUCCAGAUCAACAUCUCAGUCAGUCGUGGUGAACUUGAGUUUGAAGAAGGUGUCUGCAGCUUCUUCCUGCUGGUUUUCAGGUUGGAAAUGAUGAAUCUGUUGUAAAUGAGGGUGUUGACAGCAUUGAUGGUGAAAAUAGAACUGGAUCAUUUUCUACACAGUGGCAGAACUGUCUCUGUACCAUCAUGUUCAUCAUUCAAUAUUCAUCAUCAAUACAACCAUGAAAACUAACAUCAUUUUCCACCACUUACUGGAGAUUAUCUGCUGGACUAGAACAUAUGAAUGAUGAGAACACAGGAGGUAUUUGGACAGCAGCUCCAUGAGUCUGAAAACAAUGGUGGAAAUAGGAUGUUAAUGUCGCUCUCUCUCUCUCUCUCUCUCUCUCUCUCCCUCUCUCUCUCUCUCUCUCUCUCUCUCUCUCUCUCUCUCUCUCUCUCUCUCUCUGUCUCUCUCUUUGCCCUCGGUGCUGCAGGUUGGCACUGACACUAGUCAUGGUGAUGCAGAGUGAAGAUGAUUCCUCUAAUGUUGAGGUGUUGGUGGGCUGUAGCGGUCACAUUUCUCCCACUCGGCUGCACGCCUCUGUUUCAGAUGUUGAUGUAAGUUGGUCAGACUGCUGCCUUCUGCUGAAACAGCCUUUAAACAAACACUGCAGCAGACUGGGGUUUGAUCCAGGUCUGAGUCUAAGAGACUGAACCAGGUCUAAAGGACUAACAAGACAGACUUUUUUAGGGAGCAGAAAAGUCUGUUUUUGGCCAUAACUAGCAUGGCUGGCAUUAUGUUUAAUUAAUACAGGUACCCAUAUUGAUCCUCCAUGUUGAUAUUAUCAGGACUCAUUAUUGAUACCUCACUUCAUGAUUUAGUGCAAAAAUUAAAAAAAACAGAAUGACUAAAAUAAGUCAUGGAGCCAUUUGUCUUGAACAUCUGAACAGUUUUUUUUUUCUUCUAAACUUUGACUUCCUGUCUUCUCUCAUUGGUCCUGAUAUUAGUAUCUGUCUGGUUAAAAACAGGCCGUCUGUCAAACCAAAGAUCAUGUUUGUUUUUGGUGAGGAGAAACAUCAAAUUACCCUUUAAUGAAAUAUUGUUUGAUAUUUAUGUUGUUACAGAUUUUCUGAAUGUGGACUCUCAGAGACUCACUGUGAAGUUGUGGCCUCAGCUCUGAAGUCCAACCCCUCCCAUCUGAGACAUCUGGACCUGAGAGGAAACAAGCUGCAGGAUUCAGGAGUGAAGCUUCUCUCUGCAGGACUGGAGAGUCCAAACUGCAGACUGGAGUAUCUGAGGUCAGACACCAUUUCCUUCUGAUCUAACAAUAAGAUGUGACAGCUGCUGCCUUAGAUUUUUCUCUGUGGUUUUUCCAUCAACUUUGGUCGAGCAGUUUGAAUUUGUCGUUGUAAAACUUCAACAUAGGAAGAAAAAUCCGACAUUUCAGAGUUGACUUUGAGAAGAACGAUGGACGUAGAAAGGAAGCAGGAGAAAAUCAGUCCCACAAAUAUUACACAUGCUUGUAGAGGGCAGGAGCAGCACAGACUAAAGGCUGAUACUGAACUGAUCCACAGUUAAUGUGAUCACUAAUGAAUGAAUGAAGUGUCAGAGAAAUGAUGAGCUGCAGAUUGAAACCUGAAGAACAAAGUUAAUCCAACUCUGGAUAUUUCAUUUGGAAACUCUUGAAAACUUGAAUUUCUUCUUUUCUCAGUCGUGUUCAAAUGUAAAAACCAGAUCCAGAUUUUUCUGCAGUUUUCACUUCAGUUUGUUGAACAUGAACAUCAUCUUGUCCAGUUGGUCCAUAAAAACCUCUCUGAUCAAUGAUCUGUUGGUUUAUUUAAGAGUAGUUUGGCAGUUGUUGACAGCAGACGGACAGACCCCUGAAUAAACUCCUGACUGUUUUUUUUUUAACUUAUUUUUUUAUUUGCUUUUAAGUCUUAACAGUGACAGGGCUCAACAGUUCAUCACAUUCAUAAAUCCUCCUUAUAUUAAUGUCCUUAUUAUCCAGUGAUAGUGGUGGUGUCUUCUUCUGUCCUCCUGAAAUUAGUCCAUUUUCCCACUUUUCUGUAAAUUGUGUUUCCUGUUAUCUUAAUUUGUGUGUGACUUUCUCCAUUACACGUAUCUCUUCAACAGUGCACACCCACUGCACCCCAGUUGGUGGUUCUGCUUUGUAUCACAAUCUGGUGAUGACCUUUUUACUAACAGAUAAUAGUUUAACCACGUACUCAUCUUUUCUUUGUAUUAUAUCAUUUGAUAGGUUUCCUAAAUACAAUCAUUUCAAUGUUUUGGGUAUCUGAUAUCCUAUUAUUUUUUGCAGACUUUUCUAAAUUUCCUCCCAGUGCUCUAUUAAUUUUGGGCAAGACCAGAAUAUGUGAGUUUGGUCUGCAUCAACGUGUCCACAUGAUCUCCAGCAUGGCUGUGGUGUACAUACAUAUUUCUUCCUAAUCUUUGGAGUUAUGAAGAACCUAACAAUAUUUUUCCAGUUGAACUCUCUCCAAACUCUGGAACUAGUGGCUGUGCACUGUGAUUUACACAUAACAAACCAUUCCUCUUCUGUUAUUUGUUCCUACUCCUGACUGUUUUAAUCUGAAUGAAGAAUUCAUGACUACAAAAAACCCUUUGAGAUUUCUCACGAGUUUCUCAGGAUCUCACAAAACUGAAGACUCUAAACUAAGUUGAUCCUUUGCCUGUUUCUGGUGUAGAUUUCUAUGUUUAAAGGGGACCUGCCACCAAAAUUUCCUCCCCAUUUUUAUAAUUUUUUCAUAAUCCUUGAUGUCCUCUGAUCAUGUUUGCAACAUAAUUCUAGCUGAAAAGUUAUUUGAUGGUUUGUUUUAGUAUGCCUAAAAAACCUUACAGGAAAACCAACUGACUUUGGCUCAUUAACAUUUAUGGUAAUGAGCUUUGCUCUGAUUGGAUUGCUGCUGUGAAGCCUGCUGUGCUCUGAUUGGCUCAGCAGUGUAGGUUCGGAUUUUGGUUUAUCCAUUGUUAUUAUGCUAAUGCUAAUAGCAUAUGCUAAUGUGUGCUAAAGUAAGGUGCCCAGAUGUCUGUAAUGAUAUCCGGGGAUAUUCGGUGCGGCGGCGGCGGUGCAGGGGCUGCAGGGGCUGUGUGAUCACAGACAAAGUCUCGGUACUAUUUAGUAGCAGGGCAUGCCCCUUGUAAUAACCCCCGUAAGAACUGUUGUUCAGGACUGCUAACCUGUGCUUCCUACCUAUUCGGCUACUGUAAUAACCGUUGUUCGAGCCCACACGCAACAUUUUUGCUCUCAUUCAUGAAACGCUUAAAUCGGGGACAUUUUCGGGGACAGCUUUUGCCAGGGACAGGUCAUCCAAUACGGGGACUGUCCCCGGAAAUCGGGGACGUCUGGUCACCUUAUGCUAAAGGCUAAAAACGGCAGGUAUUAAACCAUAUUGUAACAGUCUGCUCUGCCCUCUCCUGCUCUGCUGCUCAGCCACACCCCUCAUCAGCUAACUGCUUCCACCUGCUGCUCUCACCUGCUCAUCAUCUCCAAUUAGGCCAGUAUAUAUGCAGCUUCUUUCCCCUCACUCUUUGCCAGAUUGUCUUUGCUCUCAUGCCUGACUCUCCAGCGUUUAUCCUCGGACUGCUUACCUGGUAUCGACCUGAUCUGCCCCUGACCUUUGCUUCUCGCCUCAGCCCCGGUAAACCUACCUGCCUUCUGUCCUUGACUACGAGCUUUGCCUGCCUGGUUCCUGCUAUUCGUCUGCCUGCAGCUGAAUGUCACUCAGCCUGUUCCUGCUCUGUUGAGAUCCCCCUUCUCGUCAGCUUCACCUCGCCAACUCACCUCCUCUGCCGACGUUGGUUCUGCCAGCUCCUCUGCAAGCUCUGGAUCCUCACCCAGUCCUCACCUGAACCACUCUCCAAGAAAUCUUCCUCCAGCUGUGAGUUGAGCGUUUUCCCCUUCACUACACUCGUAGAGCAAAUUAAGACUGUGGACAAUUCCCUGCUCACGAGUUCAAAACUCUUGCCUGACCUGUGGUCCACUGCUAUUCUGCUCGCCUAUCACCCGGAAGACCCGAGUUCGAAUCCUGCCAUACCCACCUGCUAUACUCUGCUGCUUCAUUGGAUUUGGUGUUCAAUAAAGACUGUUGUUAAAGUGAACCUGCUUGUUUGUGCUGCAAUUGGGUCCAGUCAAUACCCGUUACACAUAUAUUUUAGACCCCGAGUCCGAAGAGGAGGUGGAAGUUGAGGAAGAAGCCGGAGAUGUCCAGCGGUGUUUUCUCAUUCAUUCUGCCUGGCUUUAAGUUCAUUUUCCCGGCAGUGAACCGAAGGAAACACCGGUUGUUUGGAAGAGACCCAUAGCGGAUACAGCGGUGGCUGGGUCUCGCUCUGACUGUGAAUGAGUACGAGAACAAGAGAGUGGGCGCGGCUCGCCGAGGAUGCGCUCGUGAAUUAUAAUGAGCAACGUCAACGCAACGUAACAUAGACCUGCUUUUUCAAUUGGCCUGGUUUACUCGUUCCUUUAUUUUAAACCUUUACAGAAUGCAAAUGACGUAACGGUUUGUUUUCACAUUUACAACAUAAGACGAACAUAAUAUGGACCUUAUCUGACACAAAAAACACACAAAAUUACAUUUUUAUGGCAGGUCCCCUUUGAUGAAUUCUUUUAACCCAAUUCAAAUGUUCAUAACAUACUUUGAUAUUUCCAUAAAUUUCUCCUUAUUUACAUGUGGAUCUGUCUGCUGUCUGACCUUGUUGAUCCUGAUGAAGGUGAGGGAGAAGAGUAAAGCAGUAAAGGUGAUGUUGUUGCAGACAGUCAGCUUACCUGUCUCAUCAUGGUCUCAUCCAUUCUCUGUUUGGCAGAGCGCUGAUGUUACAGUCUGAGAGCACAUUCAGGUUCAGCUUCACAUGGGCUGGAUCUGCUCAAUACAAACUCUUGAGACCAGCCUGGUUGAGGAAGGUCCGCUCAGUGUCCUGGGUGACUCUCUCUGAGCUCUUCUUGGUUGAGAGUCUUUCUGGUUUGUCUCUGACUUCCAUGAACUCAGAUCUGGAGGAUUGCUGGCUGGUCCGGUCCAGUUCUGACAGUAGAGACAACACAGUCUGUUAUUCUGGGUUGAGUGUUCUUGUUGAAGAUCAGUGUACAGUGAGGGAUGAAGGCAGACAAAGAUCCUCCUGUUUCCUCCAUGUCACAGUUCAAGUUCAUUUUGAAGACUUUUAUUGAUCCGAGCGCUGAAGAGGAACAGGAAACGUGGAGUAGAGAGUGAGGGAGGACUUACAGCAAAGGAUCAUGGGAGUCCAACCAGAAACUGCUGCAACAAGGACUUCACCUUCUGAACAUCUGAACCUCUAAUCCAAACCAGUGCUCCAUCACAUUUGAUGUCUUGUCUGUUAUUUUACAUGGAGGGUCAGAGCAGACCAGAUCAUGAGCUCUGACAGACUGGAUCUGGUCCGAAGGUCUCCUGUUGGAGUUCUCUAAGCUCCACACCUGAAGUUUGCUUAUUAAUUAUUUUUAUCUUCAUUCUCUUUCCUUUUUUUCAGACUGUAUAACUGCAGUUUGUCAGAGAUCAGCUGUUCUUCUCUGGCCUCAGCUCUGAAGUCCAACCCCUCCCAUCUGAGACAUCUGGACCUGAGUGAAAACAAACUGCAGGAUUCAGGAGUGAAGCUUCUCUCUGCAGGACUGGAGAGUCCAAACUGCAGACUGGAGUAUCUGAGGUCAGACACCAUUUCCUUCUGAUCUAACAAUAAGAUGUGACAGCUGCUGCCUUUGAUUUUUCUCUGUGGUUUUUCCAUCAACUUUGGUCGAGCAGUUUGAAUUUGUCGUUGUAAAACUUCAACACAGGAAGAAAAAUCUGACAUUUCAGAGUUGACUUUGAGUAGAACGAUGGAUGUAGAAAGGAAGCAGGAGAAAAUCAGUCCCACAAAUAUUACACAUGCUUGUAGAGGGCAGGAGCAGCACAGACUAAAGGCUGAUAUUGAACUGAUCCACAAUUAAUGUGAUCACUGAUGAAUGAAUGAAGUGUCAGAGAAAUGAUGAGCUGCAGAUUGAAACCUGAAGAACAAAGUUAAUCCAACUCUGGAUAUUUUAUUUGGAAACUCACGAAAACUUGAAUUUCUUCUUUUCUCAGUCGUGUUCAAAUGUAAAAAACUAGAUUCAGAUUUUUCUGCAGUUUUCACUUCAGUUUGUUGAACAUGAACAUCAUCUUGUCCAGUUGGUUCAUAAAAACCUCUCUGAUCAAUGAUCUGUUGGUUUAUUUAGGAGUAGCUUGGCAGUUGUUGACAGCAGACGGACAGACCCCUGAAUAAACUCCUGACUGUUUUUUUUUUAACUUAUUUUUUUAUUUGCUUUUAAGUCUUAACAGUGACAGGGCUCAACAGUUCAUCACAUUCAUAAAUCCUCCUUAUAUUAAUGUCCUUAUUAUCCAGUGAUAGUGGUGGUGUCUUCUUCUGUCCUCCUGAAAUCAGUUCAUUUUCCCACUUUUCUGUAAAUUGUGUUCCCUGUUAUCUUAAUUUGUGUGUGACUUUCUCCAUUACAUGUAUCUCUUCAACAGUGCACACCCACUGCACCCCAGUUGGUGGUUCUGCUUUGUAUCACAAUCUGGUGAUGAUCUUUUUACUAACAGAUAAUAGUUUAACCAGGUACUCAUCUUUUCUUUGUAUUAAAUCAUUUGAUAGGUUUCCUAAAUACAAUCAUUUCAAUGUUUUGGGUAUCUGAUAUCCUAUUGUUUUUUGCAGACUUUUCCAAAUUUCCUCCCAGUGCUCUAUUAAUUUUGGGCAAGACCAGAAUAUGUGAGUGUGGUCUGCAUCAGUGUGUCCACAUGAUCUCCAGCAUGGCUGUGGUGUACAUACAUGUUUCUUCCUAAUCUUUGGAGUUAUGAAGAACCUAACAAUAUUUUUCCAGUUGAACUCUCUCCAAACUCUGGAACUAGUGGCCGUGCACUGUGAUUUACACAUAACAAACCAUUCCUCUUCUGUUAUUUGUUCCUACUCCUGACUGUUUUAAUCUGAAUGAAGAAUUCAUGACUACAAAAAACCCUUUGAGAUUUCUCACGAGUUUCUCAGGAUCUCACAAAACUGAAGACUCUAAACUAAGUUGAUCCUUUGCCUGUUUCUGGUGUAGAUUUCUAUGUUUAAUGAGUUCUUUCAACCCAAUUCAAGUUUUCAUAACAUACUUUGAUAUUUCCAUAAAUUUCUCCUUACUUACAUGUGGAUCAGUCUGCUGUCUGACCUUGUUGAUCCUGAUGAAGGUGAGGGAGAAGAGUAAAGCAGUAAAGGUGAUGAUGUUGCAGACAGAGUCAGCUGACCUGUCUCAUCAGAGUCUCAUCCAUUCUCUGUUUGGCAGAGCGCUGAUGUUACAGUCUGAGAGCACAUUCAGGUUCAGCUUCACAUGGGCUGGAUCUGCUAAAUACAAACUCUUGAGACCAGCCUGGUUGAGGAAGGUCCACUCAGUGUCCUGGGUGACUCUCUCUGAGCUCUUCUUGGUUGAGAGUCUUUCUGGUUUGUCUCUGACUUCCAUGAACUCAGAUCUGGAGGAUUGCUGGCUGGUCCGGUCCAGUUCUGACAGUAGAGACAACACAGUCUGUUAUUCUGGGUUGAGUGUUCUUGUUGAAGAUCAGUGUACAGUGAGGGAUGAAGGCAGACAAAGAUCCUCCUGUUUCCUCCAUGUCACAGUUCAAGUUCAUUUUUAAGACUUUUAUUGAUCCGAGCGCUGAAGAGGAACAGGAAACACAUGCUGCAUCCGAAUUGCCAAGUAGUAGUCGAAGUAGUAUCUAGCAUGUCCGAAUUGGCCACCGGAGGGAGUAGCAUGCUACUUCAGAUACUACUUCAGAUACUAGACACGCCCACAUUGUAGGAUGGUCGCGGUGCAUCCUACGGGCAUGCUACUGACCCAAAAUGCACCGUGGGCUUCUUCUUCGUCCUCUUAAAAGUUGUAGAAGCGCAUGUGAUGCUAGCUCCACCAGCUGCUGCCUAUUUAGAUGCGUCGCAAACGCCGGCUGGCCACAGCAGCGCGCACCAUGGCGGUUUCAUGUAACUUAACACACUGUCCUAAAAAAUGUGCGGUUGUAUCUCUUUGUCAUGUCAUGGUGUCAUAUUUGCCCAAGUAAUCAUUUUAAGAGCAAAUAUGUGGCGACAUCAUGGAGGUAAAGCUCACUUAUUCCACCAUUAAACUGCACAGCUGCAGUAAUCAGGCAGAUCUCAUUGAACAAACGAUCACCAAGUGAGUGAAUGAAGGCUAAAAGUCAUGGAAAAGCUACUUUGUGAAUUUCUAAAGCAGUGCAGGAAUAUAAUACAGCAGCAUCCAUCACUUGCAUAAUUACCAUUCAAAGAGUCUAAAACUGUCUGCACUGGCGCAGUACCUACUCUCUGCCUGUGGGGGUCGUCUUUCCCCACCACUCGUCUAGUGUGUCCGAAUUGGGUGUGUUUAGUAUGUAAGAGUAGGAUCUAGCAGUAGUAUGUAGCAGUAGUAUGUGGUAUGCAAGCAGGCAAUUCAGACACAGCAAUGGAGUAGAGAGUGAGGAAGGACUUACAGCAAAGGAUCAUGGGAGUCAAACCAGAAACUGCUGCAACAAGGACUCCACCCUCUGAUCACCUGAACCUCUAAUCCAGGGGUGGCCAACCAUGUGCCAUGGAGAGCCGAGAGGCUGCAGGUUUUCUUUCCAACCCAAAACUCCACCAGGUGAUUUCACUGAUUAGUCCCUGCUCUCUGCUUGGAGGUAAGUCCUACACGCCCCCCUGCGCCUCCUUUAGAGCAGCUUCCCAGCCACUACCACUUAUACACAGAGACAAGGGAGCAGAGACGCAGUGUAAAACGCCCCUCUGUACUCCCUUCAGAGCAGUUUCCUAGCUACAAUCAGUUUGAUAUAGAGAUCAGGGAGCAUAGCCACAGCUCUACACGUUCCUCUGCACUUUUGUUAGAGCAGCCUCCUAGCUACUGUCACUUUAAUAUAGAGACUGUGUCUGUCCCUCGUACUCGGCUCUUUAAUUCUAACCGAUCAAUUAAAAGAGGAAUAAAUAACAAGAACCUUACUAGAAUUAAGACUGCUAACAUAGCUGAACCCAGUACUAGUAAGAUAAAAUGUGGUCUACUGAACAUAAGGUCUCUAAGUUCCAAAUCUGUGUUAAUAAAUGAACUAAUCUCUGAUCAUCGCAUUGAUUUACUCUCCCUAACCGAAACAUGGCUGCGUCAGGAUGAAUAUGUCAGCUUAAAUGAAUCCACUCCUCCUAGCCACCUAAGCUUUCACAUUCCUUGGGACUCUGGCCAAGGUGGUGGAGUUGCAGCUUUCUACAAUUUCAGUCUUGGAAUUAACCCAAGACCAAAACUAGAUUAUAACUCUUUUGAAAGUCUCGUUCUCAGUCUUCCGCAUCCAGCCUCAAAGUCCAUGAGACCACUGGUAUUUGCUAUAGUUUAUCGCCCUCCGAGCCCAUACUCUGAGUUUUUGUCAGAAUUCUCAGAGUUUCUAUCUGAUUUAGUCCUUCUCGCAGACAAAGUCAUCGUCGUCGGUGACUUUAAUAUUCACAUAGAUGUGGAAAAUGAUAGCCUAAGCAUUUCUUUCUUGUCCUUGCUAGACUCAAUUGGGUUCACACAGUGUAUACAUAGACCUACGCACUGCUUUAACCACACCCUCGAUCUUGUCCUGGCUUAUGGCCUUGAAGCUGAAGCCUUGUCAGUCAGCUCAUUAAAUCCUCUUUCAUCUGAUCACUUUCUAGUAACUUUUGAAUUUGUGCUUUCAGGCUACUCUCCUCAUAACAAAGCUGUGCUAACUAGACAGUUGUCUGAAAAUGCUGUGACUAAGUUCAAGGAGGUAAUUUCGUCUGCUCUAAAUUCUGUGGUUGAGAAGAAUUUCGCUGAUAGCUCAUACUUAAACAUCAGUCCCUUGCAUCUUGAUCAGUUCGUCGAUGAUACCUCAGGAACAUUGCGAUAAAUUCUAGACUCAGUUGCUCCUCUUCGACAGAAAACUCUUACACGCGAGAGGCUAGCCCCGUGGUAUAAUGCUGAAACCCGUGAGCUGAAACAGUUAUUAAGAAGACGUGAAAGGAUUUGGCGCUCUUCCAAAACAGCUGAAGCUUGUUUUCUCUGGCAGGAAUGUCUCGAUAAAUAUAAGAAGGCCCUACGACGUGCUCGGACAACUUACUACUCGUCUCUUAUUGAGGAAAAUAAGAAUAACCCCAGAUAUCUCUUCAGCACUGUAGCCAGGCUGAUGGACUGUCAGAGCACCACUGAACCAUGUAUCCCAUUGGCCCUCAGCAGCGACGACUUCUUGAGCUUCUUCAAUGAUAAAAUCUUAAAAAUAAGAGGUAAAAUUAGUAACCUCCUGCCUUCAUCAGGUGUCUCUCUCUUAGAUAACCCUAAAAUUGUUGAGGAGCCCCUAAGGCCUCUGGUGCACCUUAGUAACUUUGCACCUAUUGACCUUCCUGAGUUAAAGUCAGAGGUGCUAGCAGCCAAACCAUCUACGUGUCUUUUGGACCCAAUUCCGUCUAAAUUGCUGAAGGAAACUCUUCCUUUGAUCAGUACGUCCUUGCUUAACUUGAUCAGUACGUCUUCAUUAACAGGAUAUGUUCCCCAGUCUUUUAAGACUGCAUUGAUUAAGCCUCUCCUUAAAAAACCUACUCUUAACUCAAGCACUAACUAUAAACCGAUAUCCAACCUUCCUUUUAUUUCUAAAGUCCAGGGGCCUGUUCUACGAAGCAAGUUCAACCUAGCGAGGUAGUCUUGGAGCUACCUUGCUCAACUUAGCGCGGUAGCCAGCGGUCUCGCUAAACGGUUUUACGACGCUGGUUAACAACCUCGUAAGUUGAUCCAGCUUUGCUAUGAGCGCAUGCACGCAUGUAAGGCGAAGCCUGCCGCAUCUGACCAAUCGCGAACAUGGACAAGUCUGGAGCGUCAGAGCAGACCGGAGAGCGAAGGACCGCGUAUUUUACAAACAAGGAACAGGAGACGAUCAUGAGAAAGUAUGAAGAAUUCAAAGCUAUCACAAACCUCAAAAGCAACACCGUUGCCGCUACAAAAGCACGGAAGGCAGAAAAUUAGUCUUUGAUGCCAUUAUCACCUUGAAAUAGCACUGUUUAACAUGCGCUUUUAACUAAGGUGACCAGACGUCCCCGAUUUCCAGGGACAGUCUCCGAAUUGGAUGAUCUAUCCCCCACUAAAGCUGUCCCCGAAAAUGUCCCUGAUUUAAGCGUUUCAUGAAUGAGAACAAAAAUGUUGCAUGUGGGCUAGAGCAACGGUUGUUACACUGGGUAGGAAGCACAAGUAAGCAGUCCUGAACAACAGUAUUUACGGGGUUAUUAUAAGGGGAGUGCGCUGCUAAUAAAUAGUACCGAGAUGUUGUCUGUGAUCACACAGCCCAUGCCCAUUCAUUUCCAAGAUGAAUUCAUUCAUGUGUUCAUUCCUAUCGUGUUUACAUGUUUUGUGUGAUAUGUAGGCCAUAUGAGCCUUUCAUAAAGGUGGUCAUCCGGAGAAGUAAGUGGGUCCGUGCGGUCCCUGAAAACUCUCACGAGCCGGAGUGCUCCUCGGACAAUGCAAGCACCGAGGUCUACAGGAUCCUCUGAGAACGGACAAGCCCUUUUUCGUGAGAGCUCAUUGGUCAGUGGGCGGGGUUUUUAUGCUCGGUGAGUUCAAUCUGGAACUUAACCUGCCCUGGAGCAGGUUAGCCGUUCAGCGUAUGUUGCCAUGGAGACUCGCCUCGCUAAGAAGUGAACCCGCGUUGUAGAACAGGAAACCCCGAACUUAUCCUCGAAGUUAUCUCGCUAAGCAGUAAUCCUGCUUCGUAGAACAGGCCCCUGGAGAAAGUUGUUGCGAAUCAAUUCUGUGAUUUUCUACAUAACAGCACAGAGACUGCCCUGCUGAAGGUGACAAAUGACCUACUCAUGGCCUCGGACAGUGGUCUUCUCUCUGUUCUCGUCCUGUUGGAUCUUAGUGCUGCGUUUGAUACGAUCGACCACUGCAUCCUGCUCCAGAGACUGGAACAAUCUAUAGGCAUAGCAGGAUCAGCUCCUUCCUGGUUUAAAUCGUAUCUAACGGAUCGAUCCCAGUUUGUCCAUGUUAAUAAUGAAUCCUCUGCACACACCAAGGUCUGCUACCGAGUCCCGCAAGGGUCAGUGCUUGGACCGAACCUCUUUACCCUGUACAUGCUUCCGCUGGGGAAAAUUAUGAGGAAGUACUCGAUUAAUUUCCACUGUUAUGUAGAUGACACCCAGCUAUACCUAUCUAUGAAGCCGGAGGAAGCAGGCCAGAUUGCCAGGUUGGAAGCCUGGACCUCCUCUGGACCGUUGCUGCAGACACGACCAUCAGCCUCACUGACAUUAUUGACAUUAAUAACAUAAACUAGAACUGACCACGAUUAGACCUGCUAACUGUAAUCACACUCAAUUAAUUCAACAUUGUCCAUUAUCACUCAUAUCCUAACCCUGUAAACUGAACUCUUUUUUUCUUCACCAUUACAUGAGCUGUUGUUGUUGUUGCUGUUGUUUCUGCUGCCCCCUGUCUCUCUCUCACCCUUGUUCUCUACUCUCUCUCCCUCCCCCUCCCUCUCCUUACUCAUUCUCUCUCGCCUUCCCUUAUCUUGUUCUCGCUCUCUCUUCCCCUGUCCUCUCCCCUCCCCCCCUCUUCUCUCUACAUUCCUCCCCAACCCAGCAGCGGCAUGGUGGCUGUCUGGCAUGAGUCGGGUCCUGCCCAAGGUUUCUGCCUGUUAAAAGGAAGUUUUUCCUUGCCACUGUUACUCAUGUUAGUUGAGAUGGGCCAAAACCCAUCUUAGGUUGGUUCUUGAUCAUCAAACAAUGAGCGUGGUCUAGACCUGCUCUUGUUCCUUGAAAAGCAUCUUGAGAUGACGACUGUUGUGAAUUGGCGCUAUAUAAAUAAAAUUUGAUUGAUUGAUUUGAUUGAUUUGAAGGUAAUCAGUGAAAUCACCUGGUGGAGUUUUGGGUUGGAAAGAAAACCUGCAGUCUCUCGGCUCUCCAUGGCACAUGGUUGGCCACCCCUGCUCUAAUCCAAACCAGUGCUCAAUCACAUUUGAUGUCUUGUCUGUUAUUUUACAUGGAGGGUCAGAGCAGACCAGAUAAUGAGCUCUGACGGACUGGAUCUGGUCCAAAGGUCUCCUGUUGGAGUUCUCUAAGCUCCAUUUUUAAACCUGAACACCUGAAGUUUGAUUAUUAAUUAUUUCAAUCUAAAUUCUCUUUCCUUUUUUCAGACUGAGGGACUGCAGUUUGUCAGAGAUCAGCUGUUCUUCUCUGGCCUCAGCUCUGAAGUCCAACCCCUCCCAUCUGAGAGAGCUGAACCUGAGUUACAACAAGCUACAGGAUUCAGGAAUGAAGCUGCUGUGUGACUUUCUGCAGAGUCUAAACUGUGAACUGGAGACUCUAGAGUGAGACAUUUUUCCUCCAUUCAAACAUUAUCAUGAUUUGUUUGUGAUGAUGACACUAAACUGCUGACUCAGGACUGAAAUACUGACCCAGACUGAACACCUUCAGUCCAGAGUAGAUUUUCUGCAUCAGUGGAUUAUUUGAUUGACUCCAGUUCGAUCACUUCUGAGCUCCAGUGAAUUCAAACCUGAACCCAAGAAGAAAACUCUUUGUAGAGUUCACAGUGAGAAGCACAUUCAGACAGAAAACAGAAGCAGGGGGAGAUUUGUCAGACGAGGACAAGAUCAGGGAAAAGAAAAAACUCAGAGUUUAGUUUCUGACUGAUGAAAGUCCAGCUCUGUUACUUUCAAUAUUGAUUGUUUUUGAAUCUUUGUGUAAAAAUCUGAAUUUUAUGGUUUAUCUGCACUUUUCUGAAGCCUUGCUGUGUUUAGACUGAAAUAUUUACCUCUCAAAGACGUGAUAGUUUUGGUUCAGCAAAUUUCAAACGCUCUGAACAUCCUUUAAUUCCCAUCCGUCCUGAAGUCGCUGACAUUUUCUUGAAAAUAUUGAGCUGCAUCUACAAUCAGUAAAAAAGUCUGAGUUUUUUAUUUCACUAUUUAAUGUGUUUUUGAAUUCACUGUUUCAAACUGACUUCCUGUUUGGUUCAGCUCUUUGGAGCGUCACUUUUCUUUGAUUCAUACUUUCUAAACCUUUCCCCUGAACUCGACAGAUUUAAGACAUCAGAUUUCAAACUGGAUCAUUUUUCUCUAAAAUCUCAUUAUUUCCUCUUUAUUUAGGUUGUGGGAGUGCAGUUUGUCAGAGAUCAGCUGUUCUUCUCUGGUCUCAGCUCUGAAGUCCAACCCCUCCCAUCUGAGAGAGCUGGACCUGGGUCUCAACAAUCUGCAGGAUUCAGGAGUGAAGCUGCUGUGUGACUUUAUGCAGAGUCCAAACUGCAGACUCAAGACUCUGGAGUAAGUUUAGUCUUUGUCUGUUUCUGGUGGAGAUUUCUGUGGUAAAUAAAUUUAUUAACCUAAAUUAAAUUUUUAUGGAAUACUAUAAUAUAUUCAGAAUUUUCUUCUUAUUCUUAUAAAUUCAUAGUUUUUAUUGAAUCAACAGUCAGAUACAGAUGGAGGAAAACUGUGAGUUAUUUUGUUGAUUGAAUGUUGAUGAUUUUUCAUAAAUGGUUCAGAUGAUCACUGCAGUGAUGUUGACGGGUUUACUUCCUCGGUCUCUAAAGCAUUUAAAUGUUCAAGGAUGCAGUGAACUCACUAUCCAUGCAGCUCACGAACACAGCUCAUCUUUUUCAUACAGGAAUCUUUGUCAAUAACAAAGGUGUGUUAAAGUCCCAUCAGUCAGCAGCUUCAGUCACAAACCUUGCUGUCAGAGCUCCGUCAUUUCAACCCUCUGUAUAACUCCUCAGCACAGACCAGACCCUGUGAGCACAUCCUCACAACAUGCUGCUUUAGUUACAACAACGACUGUAGGAGCCAGAUUGGGGUUUUGCAGUUUAUUGUUGUGUAUUUUUUGUGCCAACAGAUGGUGCUAUUGUGCCUGUCCAUUUAAUAGGUGGGUUGAUUAGGACAGGUGCGCACACCUGGGAGGCCGAACAGUUUUUUGACCGUGUCAAGUGGUUUUGUGUCUUGUCUUACAUCAAAUAAUGAAUGAGUAAAUAAAUCAAAAACAACAGAAGAUAUGGACGGUGUGACAUGUGACAUUAUUCCACAUACGGGCACGCGUCAACACAAGCAAAAAAGGUGUUUGCCACAAGUAACAGCAUUGGAAAGCUGUUAUAACAACAAUCAGCUGUUUUUUAGAGAUUUCAUCCAAACAGUCCAGGAUACAAACUUUGAAUUGGUUGGAAAAUUCAGGUGUCCCCCGCUCAUGCAGAGUUGACUCAUGUUGAUGAUGUUUUCAUGGCUAGAGGAAAUGCUGGAGUGAAUUCAACCAAACCUCCUGAGAAAAAGACAGCGGUGGCAGCCAUUAGAUCAGGCUUCAUGACGUCUGUGCGUCCCUUUAUUCAACCAAAUCAGCAGUUCAUAGUUUUCCCUCAUCUCUUUAGAUUUGAUGGUUUUUGUGAUUUUUAUGUUUCCACAGGAACUUUAGAUUGUUGAAACUGAAUUUAGUUUGUCAUGAUAAUGUGACAGCUGUUUUUUUAAAUAAACUUUUAGAUUUGGAGUUUUAGUCUUUUAAUUUCAGAGAUAUUGAAAAUAUUCAUUAGAUAAUAUUCAUGAAUUACAACCAUAUUAUACUGAUAUCAGACAGGAGUGUGACAGUUGUUUAUUAGUCUUUUUGACACGUUACAAUAAUGAGGAUAAAGUCAUGGACUAAACUUAGGUUCCCAGUUUCCUUGUUGUUGUUGUUGUUUCCUCCGCCAAGGAGAUUAUGUUUUCGGUAGCUUUGGUUGUUUGUGGUUAUGGUCGUGAGUUAAAUAAAUUCAUUCAUUCAUUCAUUCAUUGUUUGUGAGUUUGUUUGUCUGUUAGCAACUUUAAGGAGAAAGUAACAGACGGAUUGACCUGAAAUUUUCACCAGAGGUGCGUCUCAGCCCCAGGAGGAUCCCAUUAAAUUUUGGUGGUGAUCCAGACAAAAUUCUGGAUACUGUGAUCCAGAACACACAAAAAUAAGGGUGUCGUUGGAAUUUUCGAUGCUGAAAGAGAAGCAAUGGGCGGCACAGUGGUGUAGUGGUUAGCACUGUCGUCUCACAACCACAGGGUCGUGGGUUCGAAUACCGAUCAGGGCAUUUCUUCUUUCAGGGGGGACAUGGGCUGCUUGGCGGAGGUCUGCGCUCUCCGAGUGCUUUUCUAGUUGUUGUUGUUGUUUCUUCAGCUAGCAUCAUUUUCAUCACAGUUGUUAAAGUAAUAAUGAUGCUUCAUAAAUUCAGAGUCACAAAAAAACACCAAACAAACCAAAUCUGAAAAAAAAAUCAACUUUCGGAUCAAAUGUGUUUAAUCAGUCAGAACAUGAGGUUUGAGUUUUCAUGUGGAGGAAACGAGAAUGAUCUGCUCUGACAGAAACACAGACGGCUGAAUUUACACUGACAGACACACAAACACAGACAGAGAAACACAGACAAAGAGAGACAGAGAAACACAGACAGGAAAACAUAGAGAGACACAGAAAGACAGGCAUAGGCAUAGACAGAGACACAGACGGAAAAACAGAGAGACAGAGAGAGAAAAACAGACAGACAGGGAUUCUCUGUCACUUUGCUGUGAUGAUUAAAGUCUCAAAAACAAAGUUUUCUCUGUGCCACUCUAAAAAAUAAAAUCACCAAAUCCUCUAUCAAACUCCAUCAGUAAAAGGAGACAAACUGUAAAAUUUUUAGUGUUUCCCAAUAUUGUUUCGUUGAUUUCAGAUAUAUCAAUCUUUUUUAUUAAUCUGACCUUGUUGAUACUGAUGAAGAUGAUGGAGAUGAGUGAAGCAAAGGAUCAUGGGAUUCAAACCAGCAACUGCUGCAACAAGGAUUAAACCCUCUGAACACUUGAACCUCUAAUCCAAACCAGUGCUCCAUCACAUCUGAUGUCUCGUCUGUUAUUUUACAUGGAGGGUCAGAGCAGACCAGAUCAUGAGCUCUGACAGACUGGAUCUGGUCCAAAGGUCUCCUGUUGGAGUUCUCUAAGCUCCAUAUUUUAAACUUGAACACCUGAAGUUGAUAAUUAUUUUAAUCUACAUUCUCUUUCCUUUUUUCAGACUGAUGAACUGCAGUUUGUCAGAGAUCAGCUGUUCUUCUCUGGUCUCAGCUCUGAAGUCCAACCCCUCCCAUCUGAGAAAGCUGGACCUGAGUGACAACAAACUGCAGGAUUCAGGAGUGAAGCUGCUGUGUGACUUUCUGCAGAGUCCAAACUGUAAACUGGAGACUCUAGAGUGAGACUUUUUUUUCUCCAUUCAAACAUUAUCAUGAUUUAUUUGUGAUGAUGACACUAAACUGCUGACUCAGGACUGAAAUACUGACCCAGACUGAACACCUUCAGUCCAGAGUAGAUUUUCUGCAUCAGUGGAUUAUUUGAUUGACUCCAGUUAGAUCACUGCUGAGCUCCAGUGAAUUAAAACCUGAACCCAAGAAGAAAACUCUGUAGAGUUCACAGUGAGAAGCACAUUCAGACAGAAAACAGAAGCAGGGGGAGAUUUGUCAGACGAGAAUCAUUCAAACUUUUGUUCAGGACAAGAUCAGGGAAUAGAAAAAACUCAGAGUUUAGUUUCUGACUCUGAUGAAAGUCCAACUCUGUUACUUUGAAUUUUGUUUUUGAAUCUUUGUGUAAAAAUCUGAAUUUUAUGGUUUAUCUGCACUUUUCUGAAGCCUUGCUGUGUUUAGACUGAAAUAUUUACCUCUCAAAGACGUGAUAUUUUUGGUUCAGCAAAGUUCAAACACUCUGAACAUCCUUUAUUUUACAUCUGCUCUGAAGUCGCUGACAUUCUCUGAAAAUAUUGAGCUGCAUCUACAAUCAGUAAAAAAGUCUCUGAGUUUUUUAUUUCACUAUUUAGUGUGUUUUUGAAUUCACAGUUUCAAACUGACUUCCUGUUUGGUUCAGCUCUUUGGAGCGUCACUUUUCUUUGAUUCAUACUUUCCAAACCUUUCCCCUGAACUCUACAGAUUUAAGACAUCAGGUUUCAAACUGGAUCAUUUUUCUCUAAAAUCUCAUUAUUUCCUCUUUAUUUAGUUUGAGUGACUGCAGUUUGACAAAGAUCAGCUGUUCUGCUCUGACCUCAGCUCUGAAGUCCAACCCCUCCCAUCUGGAAACUCUGGACCUGAGUGACAACAAUCUGCAGGAUUCAGACGUGAAGCUGCUGUGUGAUCUUCAGAAGAGUCCAGACUACAGACUGGAGGAUCUGGAGUCAGUAUAGAGUUGGAGUUAGUCUGUGCUGAUCUCCUGUUCCUCUCCACACAGUAUCACAGCAGAUAUUCAGUAUUUCCUGCUGACUCUUCGACCCUCUCAGAGGAUUCUUUCUUUAGUGAAGCUGUGAGAACAGAAAUCAUCAAACCAGGAGUGUAAGAGUGUUAGUGAUGAAAAAAGUGUCUCCUCGUCUCUAUAUUUCAGAUCAAAUGUAGAAAUGAGACAUAAUGAAACAGAAAUGUUCAGUUUCUGCUCUGAAGUCCAGUUUAUAGUUCUCUGUAUUCAACACAGACUUUAUUUCUCUGCUAACUUGUUGAUUUUGACCUCUAAGUCUGAAAACAGACAGCUGUUCUUUAUACUUAUUUUCACAGCAGGUUUGUUCGAUCAGCUUUAACACAUUUGACAGGAAUGAUUUCUUUAUUUUGAUGAUGUUGGUUUAUUUGUGAGGAAACCUGCUGCUUUACACCAUCACUUCUGGUCUGAGCAGGACUGAGACCUGCUGGUCUGUAAACUGGAUGUUCUUCAGUCCAGCUGAUGAAGUGAGUCUCAGAGUGGAAACACUGAUCGUCUUUUUUUCUCUCCUCAGAUGGAAGAAACCUCCGUCCGAGUGAUUAAGACGAGGAUCGUGUGUUUCCUGAUGAUCAGAGAGGUGGAGGCAGCAGCAGUGAGGGUGAGGUGAGUCUCUGACUGAGAGACUGACUGACCAAUCACAGCGGGCGGAGAGGACUCUGGGAGCUGCACUUUGACCUGCUCUGAGAUCAGCUCAGGAUCUGGACUCUGGAUAUUUGAUCUUUUCCCUCAUAUUCUGGGAUCAAACAGUCUGAACAGGUUUGUUUUGUUGAUGGAAACAUGAUCAUAAAUUUACACUUUGACUGGAUUCUCUUUUUUUGACCAUGAUGCAGCGCCACCCAGUGGAACUAUAAAGAGGUGGAGUUGAUUUAUUCCCACAUAUUUCUACAGCAGGAGUUGAUACCAUGUGUGAGAGUAGAUCUGUCAGAAGUUCUGAUUAAACCCAAAGGUUUUUUUUACUGAUCUGUUCACAGUGACAGACCAAAUAUAAACUGAAGGGAGAGGAAGAGAACUGAGGAGAGAUGGAGGUGAAGGGAGGAGGACAGGGUUUGGGGUUUUCAGGAAACUCUGUUUGUACUCAUCUAUAAUCGAUUCCUUCCUGUUUGGAUGAACAAACACAAUUAUUAAACCAUAAAUGAGACCUGAGAGUAAAAGUAAAAUGUGUGAAAUAUAAUUUGUUAAAGGAAAGAGUCUUGAAUGUAGCAAUUAAGACAACCCUGUGUGUGAAAUUCACACAUUCCUCGCAGGAAAGGUUCCUUAUCUGGUCCUAGGACACAGGAUAUUCAAAUCUUUCCAGAUUUCUUUGCCCUUUCAGGUUACCUAACUGACCCGAUCAGAGGUUAACCUAAACGUCUGGCUCUUCACGAUUGGUUUCGUGAAGAGCCAAUCCAGAACAGAGACAGAGUCUUUAUUACCUUUCAAACUGACUCCAUCGCUGACCAUCUAAUCAUUCAUGCCUCAAUCCAAGUCUCCCAUUUGAGAUUUACCGUCUUGAAGUGUGCGAACAUACAUACCCCAAGGAAAGGUCUGAGGAGCAGGACACUGACCUCCAGACCUCGGUCAUAAAACCCUGCUCAACCAUGUUCUGAUAAAAACUGCAUUCCUUUGGAGAAAGAAUACAAAUGACUGAUCAUGACAUCUUAUGCAUUCAGCAAUGUACUAAUCUGUCUAAUCAUGAAAUUUGUGUUAAAAUGAGAUGUUUCCCAUUUUUCUAGGUGCUCCAGAAGCCGAGUUAUCACUCUGACUGAAUAAAUCCUUAUUCUUUAGUUUAUUUAGACCAACAGCUUUUCAGACUGUUUCAUGAACUUUUAAGAGUUAAAUUUAUUGACUGUGAAUCGUAAUUUUACUUUGAAAUUUACUAGAAAUGUUUGGUUUAUAUCUUAGUCAUUUAUUUAGUAUUUUUACCCAUGAGGUGAUUAUAAUGUCAUUUAAUAAUCUGAAUGUGAGUAUUUAGAAUCCAUUAUUAAUCAUGAUGAAGUUCAAUCACGUGUUUGGUCUAUUGUUACUAUCUGUUCUAUUUCAGAGUAAUUUAGCAUUUUCAGUGUGAUACUUAAAACAUAGCGGGAGUGUUUCAUGUGAUUCUACAUUUCUUCAUAUGUGUUUAGUAUCAAAUCAUUUAUCAUGACACCAAGCAUUCAAUGAUAUUAAUCAUAGUGAGUGAGUAUCAGAUUUUCUUGCCAUUAAAGGUGGGUGGUGCCCCUUUCAACGAGUGCAUAAAUGUCACAAAUUAAGAUUAUCAAUCUUAACACAUUUAUUAUAAAUUCAAAUCACUAUUUGAACAAAAAAUCAUUAUUUAGUUUAUUAUGAUGGAGAAGUUUUCCUCUGACAGACAAAAAUAACCGUAUUGACUGGAGUCUGGAAAAAGUGAGAUCAGCAUCUAUUCAGGGUGAAGUCAUUAACGUGGUUGAUGCUGUUUUAUAAACUCAGUGUUGUUGAUUACAAUCUCAGCUUCAUAAAUUGAUGCUACAGUGGAGUGACUUCCUGUAAAAUCCACUGGCUUUGUGAGACCGUCAGCUUUUAGGAGAUAAGUUUGUGUUUCUGUGAUACUCCAAAGCUUUUCUAUCCCACAGAGUGUGUUUUCAGAGACCUUCCUGAUCCCAUCCCUCCAAAAUGAAAAUAAUCUGAUGACUUAUGGAUUCAUUUCAGUAACAGAGUCAUUUCUGUUGUUAGCCAAUCAGAGGCUUUAUCUGCCAUCAGCUGACCUGUAAAGGUCCGAUCAGAAACCAGGACGGCUCACGUCACAGUUUGAUCACAGCACAGAAACAGGAAAGAUUCAGAUUCAUCCUGUUCAGUUAAUCUAGUAUCUAUAGAUCUGUGCUCUGUCUGCAUAACAGUAUGUUGGUUCUUCAUUUACACCAGAUCUUAUUUUAUUUUCCUUUUACUGUAACAGUGUCAUUUGAAGACAAAACUUUAUUUGAAUCAAAACAUGUUAAAAACAUCGACUCAGCUUGUUUCAUUCACUGUGUCUAUUUGAUGGUUAUUUUUCAUUCAAACUGUUUUCUGUGUAAAAACUAGAUCUGGUCUGUAAAAAGUCCUCAAAGUUAGUCUGAAAAGUGGAGGAAGGUCUUAUGGUAAGGGUGCUCCUAUAUUCAGGUCAAUACGGUAGCAGAUCAGAGCGUAUUUAUUAUAUUAUAAUUAGUAUUUAUUUCAAUAAAAACUGAAAAUGAAGCCUAAUAAAUACAAUAAAAACAUGCAGAAAUGUAACAGCCUAUAAACAUUAUAAACAUUAACGCUGAAAGGUGUGAUUCAAUAUUAAAUGUAUUAAAAGUUAAACUUGGACAGAUUAUUCUAACUCUGACAUUUCCAGAAAGGACACAUGAAUCUAAUGUCCUCAGUGAUCCUUGUGUCCCUGAACGCAAAAUUAAAGUCUCCUACAUGUAAAAAAUGUUCAUGAUUAUACAUGUAAUGAUUUUUGGUUUUGAUCAAGUUGUUUGAGUCUUAGCUCAUUAUAGGUACAGCAUCACCAUCUGCUGGUUAAACCAAGAAACUACAGCUAACACUGUCUGUGCUCCUUUAUUUCAUAUUUUUCCCCUUCCUAGAACAGAAACAGAGACAGACUGUCUUUGUGAUGAUCUGGAUGAAGCUGUUAGAGCUGAGAGCUGCUCAGUCUCAAACACCCUGCUAACCUGCUCUCAGAUCCAGACCUGCUCCUCAGGUCCUGCCUGGACUGAAAGAGUCUGUGGAUCUUUGCUUCGUUCUCACAGCUCCCCCUUACCGAGUCACAUGACCUCUGCAGAAGACAAACCCUCAACACGAGCACACAGCUUACCUGAGCUGCAGUUAAACAGCAGCUGUGAGCUGUUCACACCUGAUAUCACUGCUGAUGAAGACCAUGAAACCUACAGCUUAAAUCUCCUCAAAUGGACAUGAGCUUUCCAGGUUAGCACCAACACAGUUUUCAGUCUGGACUUUUUGAAGAAAAUUCAAAUUUAUACUUUGAAUAAUUUCCAUGCAAAGAACAGAAACCUUCAUGCAUUCAACUUUGCUGCCAAAUACUCUUCUACAUUUUCCAACCCCCCCACACAAAGAUUUCACAGAUCAAUACUUAAAACUGAAUCUAUUUGAUCACAGUUCAACCUCCAGGAUUCACAUUAUAAUCAAAAAUAUUUUGUCUCAUAGCACAAAGACUUAUCCUCAUGACCUGAUAAUCCAGUGAGCCUCCCCCCUACAUGAGCUUCUGUGUUUACUUCAAUGUCAGAAAAAUAGACAAUCACUGAGAGGGACCUUGACAAGUUUAGAGAAGUAUGGUAUGCACAGAUGACAACAGUAUGGAUCUGUAGUAGAAGAGUCCUGCUGCUAAACUGGCCUGCCUGCUGUCCUGACUUGUCCCCCAUUAAAAACAUUGUGAACAUCAUUGAUUGGCUGAUGUCUUAAUUUUGUACACGUAAAAUCAAUUUUGCAUUACAGCUGAGUGGAAAGAAAAGCAGAAGUAAAGAAAUCAAAAAGUUCCAUCAGCAACACAAAAAGAUUAUUUUACACGUGCAAAAGGGAGGAGGAAGAAGUUAAAACGUUUUAAAUCCUACCCCGUUUGAAUCAUGAAACAGAAAAUUAAAAACUAUAAUUUAUAUAAAUUGUCAAACUUGUAGUGGGUGUUGGUGGUCUACAGGAUUGUGAAUUAUAUUAAAAGUUGUUCCCUAAUAUUUUGUCCCCCCUUAUGUUUGUAAUUGAAGAGGACAAAGUAUAAGAAACACCUUUAAAUAAGACUCCAGUUCACCACCUCCACUAUCUUUGUCUUCAAAUAUUAAUAUAAAUGAAUUUAAGCUUUAAUUAUCAGAUAUCUGAUCAUGUUUACAAAAAAACAGAUCUUUUGUAUUAGUUUGCAUGAGACAGCCCAGGUGUUCAGAGGUCAUAGCAAGUUGGUGCAAAUUAUCUAUCUAUCUAUCUAUAUAUCUUAAAGCCAAUUUUUGAAAAAAACAUUGAAUUAAUGUCAAUAAAUUUGCAUUCAUUUUGAGCAUUAGUGGUUAAAUCAAUCAUUUGUAUUGUAUUUGUUGAUAAUAACUGUUAAAUUAAGUAUUUUAGUCUUUAAUUUCAAAUAGAUAACCCCGCCCACCAACAGAACCGUUAAAACCGGUUUGAACCAGUUCAACAGGCGGUCAACUGGUACCGGCUAAAGUCAACGAAUUCAUGGAUAUUCACGGUGAGUUAUCAUUUCACGGAUUAAAUUAUCAUAUCUUUAUUCGAAUUACGUUAAUGUCGAAGUUUUAUCCACAUUAUAUGUUUUUUUAGAGUUUCUCUGUCGGUCUUCUGAGGACACCGACACACAGAGUUAGCUACCUGACGAACUCCGGGAGAGGUAACGUUGAGCUUUCUGUAUUUUUAUGUUUCAGUAAAGGCGUCUGAGCUCCAAGCUUUCAGUUUUCAUGUUAAUGUUAUUAAAUUUGUAGUAGAGAUCCUGAAAUAACCGUGUAUCUGCUUUCUGUGAGCUAACACAGGUAUCUGACAUUAGUAAGUCCAGCUAACAUUAUUAAGCUAACGUUCAUUUUGAACGGGAUCGUCGUUUGAUCCGUGUUACUCCUCCCUAACCUCUGAACUCAUGUGAUCCGAAAAUUCACGCAAAUAUCAUCAUAACCGUGUACAAUUAAUUUGUGCUUCACUUACUUGAAACCGACUUCUCCACGACGUUAAACACCAUCCUGUAACGGCGUGUUCGUGGGCGGGGGGCGCCACAGGGAUCCACGUUAGAGAUUGAGAGACCGAUCAGUGUUUGAAUCACCUUUACAUGUGGUUGGUGCAGAUUCUCCCACAGACUGGGGGGGGGGGGAGUGCAGAGAUUUCUGUUGUCUCUAUAACAGUGCAUCGACUUUUUCCCCUCUGACCGUAUUAGUGUUUAUUUUAGAGCUGCUGACAUUGUUUCCAUAAUAUAAAUCAGUUAAUGUUAUUACCUUUAGCACACAUGAAUCAGUCUGUGUGCUCAUAUGAUAAAGUACAGCUGUACAGUUCUGUAAGGGGAGCAGAAAUAACAGACAGAAGCCGAACAACCUUAACUUGAUGCCCUGCCUGAUUUACACUGAAGUCUGUGCAGCCAGUGCAGAGAUUAACAGGUAAGAAAAUGACAUAUCUACAUGGGUAACAUGGUCAGAGUUGCUGUGGACAAAAACACUUCAUUUUUUGUAAAGUACAGUACAGUGGAUUAUUCUACAUUUGCUCAUGUAAUUGGAAAAUUUGUACGGGGUUGUAAUGGAAAUGUACAUUUAGAAAACUGAGAAUGCAGAACAACAUCAAGAUGUACAGAGAUGCCUUAUUCAUUUGUGAAUACGACAUGGUUUAUUUGUUAUUUUUCCUCUGGUGUUCCUCUAUUCUGUAGAUCCUGUGAACAAUACAUGCUCCUGUCUUUUCCAGCAGAAUUUAAUCCCAAUGAAACCCUGAUUCAUGAUGGAUCAACUUGUAGGUAAAAUUCUCAGAGACUGUCUUUGCCGACUGCAAAGUGAAAUUUCUGAGUGAUAGAUUUUCAGUUUGGACCUGAUAUGUUGCUCUGAACAGAGACGAUCUGAACAGUGAUUUUUUAAUGAUGCUUUUCUCUCCUUUAGUGGAUUAAAUAAGAGUUUAAUCUCAGUAACACAUAAUAUCCAUCGUUAAAGACAUCAGAUGAACAUCACACUUGAGGAAAACUCCUUUUGCUGCUAGAGUCCUCAGUCCUCACCAGGACCAGGAAGGUGGACCACAUCAGUCUAGUUCUGAGGUCUUUACAGCAGCUUCCUGUCUGUCAGAGGAUAUACUUUAAAGUCCUUCUGCUGCUUUAUUAAGCUCUGAAUGGUUCAGGUCCAAAGAACAUCAGUGAUCUUCUAGUUCAGUCUGAACCAUCCAGACCACUCAGGUCAUCUGGAGCAGGUCUGUUGUCUGUCCCCAGAAUCAGAACCAAACACAGAGGAGGAGCAGUGUUCAGUUUUCAUGCUCUUAAACAAAUGACCUGAAAAUGUCUGGUGUGAAGACAUAUCAGUUUAUUUAAAUCCAGGUUAAAGACAGGUUACAGCUGCUUUUAUUAGAUUACUAUAAAAAUUAUUACAAGGUCCAUUUUUAUUUUCAACACACAGGUUUGCUCUGUAGCUUUUAUGCUUCUAUUUUAAAACAGUCAUUUUUUUUAACCUUACUGAGUGCUGAUGGCCCAAACUCAUGACUUAAUAAUUUCCUUGAAGUAAUAAUCACCAUAUUAAUCAUUUUACAGACGCGGUAGUUCUUCUGUCUUAGCGUCUCGGUCUGACUGUAUUUCCAUGAAGAAAUGAUCAUAAAUGUUCUUCCUUGAGCUGCGGCACCCCGCUGUAGUCCGUAAUGGACUGUCCUGAGGUCUCACUACAAACAAGUGGCUGCUGGAAGAGAGUAGGUGAGUUGUGUUUAGUCUCUUUGCUAAAGAAAUGAGUCAAAGUUAAAAAGAUGUUUGGUGUCUAGUACUAUGUCUGUGACCCUAUAUGUCCUGUUGAUGAAGUUAGGUGCUGUUCUGAGCAUUAUUUGUGGCUAUAGAGUGGCGUUUUGGUUGAGGGCGUGGCUCUCUGUAUUACUAUCCUGCGGUCGUUACUAAAGUUGGUAUAACUAGAGAAGCAAGCGGUCGACAACAUUCAUCUCUGGAGGGGGUGUCUAACUCGGUGUUACGGUGUGUUUGACCCUAGAUUCAUUUUACGCCAGAAUAUCCCUUUAAAUAUAUUCAUGUUUUGUGAUUGGUAUUGUGAUUGUAAAACUGACUCAUGCCUUAGUCAGAUUUGGACUUGAUUUACUUUUUACUGAAGUUGUUUCUAAAGAUGAAAUAGUAAAAAAUGAUUUGAAGAUAUAUUGAUUGUCCUUGUGGAGAAUUUCAUGAUGAUGUAGUAUCUGCAUAAAUAAGAGGGAGGACUGUUAGUUAAUGUGUCUUUGUAGAUUGCAGAUCCUCAGAGUGAUGGAUACACACAGGAGAAUGACAGCUGAGGAGUCUGACUGUUGUUCAUGUCAUGAUGGAUCUCAGUGCAGCUUGAAUAGAGGUGAGUCUAAAUAAAUGAAACAAAGAAAAAUCACUUUGUUAAACCUGCAUAAUAAAGACACUGCUGUAGGCUCGGAGGCUUGUUAGUGAACUCAAAGUGCUUCAGUCAGCUGUUGACAGUGUUUGUGUUUGUACCCCAUUGUGGACAAGGUUACAAGAUAAUUUAGCAUGUUUACAUUUUAUUGAGAGAAUAUGAUUUAUUAUGAAGCCCUACAAUAGAGAACAAGAAGAAUCACAAAAAUCUAUGAAUUUCUGAACGUCUCAUGUAAUUGUCCAUGAUACAUUUAUUGUUGAAUGCAGUAAAUCUGAUAUCUUCAGUUUAUGAUCUAAUAAUAAAGGGCACAGCAGCAGGGUUACAGUCAGUAGUUCAUGGAUGUCUGUGUGAUUUGGUGAUCAAACAUGUCAUUUCCUGUAAAUAUCAAGGGGAGGAGAAACUUGGCUAUAAAACAAUAAAAGUGUUCAAAGUUCAGACUUCAGAGUGAGUCAGCACAGAGAGAAACAAGGACACUUGUAACAGGGUGAGUGUUAAUUCAAUGUUACUCUUCCGUUUUCAAAGUCUGUCAUUCAUCAGAAGUUUAUUGUUUAAUUUUAAUUUUAAAAAAGCUAAGCAGUGAAAAUUGAUCAGAUACGUUGUUGGAUUAAUUCCUCGUCCAGUAAACUGUGAGUGUGCUGUUCUUCCUGUUUCUCUGCCUUUGGUGAGAUGAGCCCAAAACUACUCUUCAUAUUUUUGUGAGCUUUAACAGACUUCACCGAUUAUCUUUACACUGUGAGUCAGACAAGAAAUCCAAACUAAUGCUGUGGAUACUGAUCAAACAGGUGAUUUCAAACUCUGACAGACCCUCCAACUUUCUGUCAGGAUUCACUUCUCUGAGCUCACAGCCAUCAUUACUGCUUUUUCAGACUCAGAGGAGUUUAGGAGAGCACAGGUCUGGAUGUUUGGUAUUAAAGUUUGUAGUCAAAGUUUCUCAGAUACUGUAAUAACACCUGUAACCUCUAACCAACAUUAUCACUUAAUACGGUCACAAUAAAACAACUGAAGUUUACCAAAGGUUGUUUUCAAACACUGUAAAGAUAUUCAUGUUGUUGUUUUAUCUUAUAUUCUACCAUAAAACUGGUCCAAAGUUACUUUAUUGCUGUUAAAUAUUAACUCAUCAGUUUAUAUUCAAGGUCCAAAGUCUUUGUAUGAACGGGAUUCAGUGCAGGACAAUAAAUGAAUCAUUUACAGAAAAUAGAGGUACGUCAAUAGAGGUAACACAAACCCCAGAGAGGUAGGGAACUAAAUACUACUGAGUGAAUAAUACAUUUAAUAACUGCUGAAGGACUGAUCAUCAUGAAACAUCAAUAUUUCUGAGAUUGGAGAACAGAGAGCAGGUCAGUAAGUGGGUGGAAAUAAUAAGGGGAUGAAAAUAACAAAAUGAUUAUAUGUAAGUUUGUUAAACAGGUUUUUAUUUGUAUGUCAAAUGAGAACAAUUGUGUACCAAACCAUCAUCGCAGAAUUUUAUUGUUUUUUUUUCUGAUAUGAAGUCUGAGCUUACUUGUUUUUAGGCAUAGAGCAGAAAAUCACCACAUUCUCAGAGUCCAGCCAAAAAACAUCAGAUUUAUGUUCCUCUCUGUUUGAAUCAGGAGCAGGACUGUAAAGAGUCAAACUCCAAAGCAGCUUUGUUUUCUGUAGCUGUUUAAAAAGAAGAAUCAGUCAAGAAUAAAACAAUAAAUUAACAUUCAACAAUACAAUACAGAAGCUUAUAAUGGAAUAUGUAAUUCAGACUCUUUGACUCGAUCAUAUUAGACUGGAUAAGAAAUAACCAAUCAGCAUCUGUAUGAUUUUUAAAUAAGAGGUAGUGUGCAGACAGAUCUUUGACAUAAUGAGAUGUAGAAACUUGAUCAUCUUCAUCUUCACACUCUCCUCCUGAUUGUGUCUCACCUGUUUGUCUUCUUUGUCCUCAGGUUGUAUAACUCGGUUUCAUCGUCCAUAAAUGUGGACAUCAUCAGAUGGAGAAGAUGAGUGAUGGUGUCAAGAAAAAAGAGGGCAGAGCAAAGUCUGUUAUGUCUGACUGUCCGUCUAUGAAGAGUGACCGGUCUAAAGAUCAUCCCUUAUGGUUCAGUAAAGAACCAGGACCCUCAGAUUCACAGUAAGAGAAAUACUUGUUAACCUCCAAACUCUCAAACAGUAAUUUAUGGUGCUUUUAAUUCUGACCCCUCUGUUUUUUACCAUGGUGAGAAAAAUGAUCUCUGCUUUCAAAACAGGGAUUUUCCUCUUUAACCUCCAACCUGGAUAAAGUAAAGUCACUGAGCACAGACUUCCCUAUUAUUCCUUAUGUUUAUAAAAAUGAAGGUGGUAUAAAACAGCAUUUGAAAAGGAUCCUGACCUCUGUAUUUUCUGAUUUGGUUCCUGUGUUUGGGACGUUUGGAGCCUGUUAGUCUUUGGACUGUGGUGUAUAGACCCCAGAAAACAGUCUGUGGGUCAGAAAAUACCAGAAGACCGAAGAAGAAAUAAAUCCUGAGAAAUAAAAACUCAUUCAGAGCAUCUGUCUGUUAUUAGACCUUUAGAUCUGAUUGGUUAAAGAAAAUGUUUUAAACAGUCAGAGAAAAUCUCUCUACCUUCAAAAAUCACAGUUUAGUUUUUUCUCCUGUCUCCACACUUUGAGGCAGCAGCAGCUGAAUAUUUUACAGGAGAUUGUUUUAUGUUAGAGAAAAGAGAAACUCUGGUUUAAUAAAUGUUUCUUAUUCUGAAUCUUUCAAACAUGAAAUGAUAAAUAAAAUAAAUGUUCUUUAUUUCCACAGAGAGACACAGAGAUGUGACUCUGUGAAGAAGCUGUCCAGAUAUUUCCGCUCUGAUGGAAGUAAGUCUGAACAUCUGUCCUCUAAACUCAGCUGACUGAUUUUCACAAAGAUGUUUUAGUGUUGAGAAGUUUGGUUCAUUUUAUUUUUCUUCUCUUUCAGAAGAUGGCGGUCUGCAGGAGGUUUUAGAUGAACAUAAGAUCAGUCUGAAGAGGAGAUGUGAACGUGUGAAUGAAGGAAGUGAUGAAGCAGGAAGUAGUCAAACCCUCCUCAACAGGAUCUUCACUGAGCUCUACAUCACAGAGGGACUGAGUGAAGAGGUGAACACCCAACAUGAGGUGAGACAGCUGGAGACCGCUUCAAAGAUGAAGACCCUCCAUGACACGCCCAUCAGGUGUCAUGAAAUCUUUAGAGUCUUACCAGGUCAACAGGAAGUCACCAGAGUGGUUCUGACCAACGGCGUGGCUGGUGUUGGAAAAACCUUCUCAGUGCAGAAGUUCACUCUGGACUGGGCAGAGGGUUUGGAGAACCAAGACCUCCAUCUGGUGGUCCUGCUUUCAUUCAGGGAGCUGAACCUGAUCAGAGAACAGCGCGUCAGUCUUCUGAGUCUGCUCCAUGUUUUCCAUCCAACACUAGAGAAGGUCACAGCAGAGACGCUGGCUGUCUGUAAACUUCUGUUCAUCUUUGACGGUCUGGAUGAAAGCAGACUGUCUCUGGAUUUCACAGACUCUGAGGUGGUGUCUGACGUCACACAGAAGUCUUCACUGAACGUUCUGUUAACAAACCUCAUCAAGGGGAACCUGCUCCCCUCAGCUCUCAUCUGGAUAACUUCUCGACCUGCAGCAGCCAAUCAGAUCCCUCCUUCACGUGUGGACAGGGUAACAGAAGUACGAGGCUUCAAUGACACCCAGAAGGACGAGUACUUCAGGAAGAGGUUCAGCGAUGAAGAUCUGUCCAGAAGAAUCAUCUCACACAUCAAGUCCUCCAGGAGCCUCCACAUCAUGUGUCAGAUCCCGGUCUUCUGCUGGAUCACUGCGACAGUUCUGGAGGACAUGAUGAUCAGAGAGCAGAGAGGAGAGCUGCCCAAGACCCUGACUGACAUGUACUCACACUUCCUGCUGGUCCAGACUCAGAGGAAGAAGCAGAAGUACGAAGGAGGACAUGAGACAAGUCCUCAGGAGCUGACGGAGGCUGACAGUGAAGUCCUCCUGAAGCUGGGGAGGCUGGCCUUUGAACAUCUGGAGAAAGGAGACAUCAUGUUCUACCAAGAAGACCUGGAGCGGUGUGGUCUGGAUGUCUCAGAGGCCUCGGUGUACUCAGGAGUUUGUACAGAGAUCUUCAGAAGAGAGAGUGUGAUCUUCCAGAAAACUGUUUACUGUUUCGUUCAUCUGAGCGUUCAGGAGUUUCUGUCUGCAGUCUACAUGAUCCACUGUUUCACAAACUGGAAGAAAAAAGUUCUGAAGACUUUCCUAAAAGAACACCAGUACACUGACCCAGAACCAAAGUCUUUUCUUGAACGUUUCUUGAGUUUUUUUGGAAUGAAUUUGAGCCUUGGUCCAUCUCUGGAUGUCUUCCUGAAGAGUGUCAUGAUGAAAUCCCUCGACAGCAAAAACGGUCACCUGGACCUGUUUGUUCGCUUCCUUCAUGGACUCUCUCUAAAGUCAAACCAGAGACUCUUAGGAGGUCUGCUGGGUCACACACGUAACAGUCCAGAAAUUAUCCAAACAGUCAUCAAGAACCUGAAGGAGAUGAACAGUGAAGAUAUCUCUCCUGACAGAAGCAUCAACAUCUUCCACUGUCUGAUGGAGAUAAACGAUCUGUCAGUUCAUCAGGAGAUCCAAGAGUUCCUGAAGUCAGAGAACAGAUCAGGAGAGUUCCUCUCAGAGUUCCACUGUUCUGCUCUGGCCUACAUGCUGCAGAUGUCAGAGGAGGUUCUGGAGGAGUUGGACUUAAGGAAGUAUAACACAUCAGACCAGGGACGACAGAGACUGAUCCCAGCUGUGAGGAACUGCAGAAAGGCUCAGUAAGUCCAGGUUUUAUUCUCAGAAUAGUGUAAAUGAUCCCUGUAGUUCUUCUAAUGUCCACGUUACUGAUGAUGUUCUUCUUCAAAUAGAAAUCCACUCAAAUAUGUUAAAAUGUUCAGAGUCAAACCAGCUCUAACCUGCUAAAAACGAUUUUAUCUGAACCAAUCAGAGAAAAAGGAGCUGCUGUGAUUUAGUGAGUCGUCCUCUGAUUGGUCAACAGUCAGUGUCUAUGGAAAGACUUACAUUAUAGCAGGAUGUCAACAUUAAACACUGAGAGGGGCACUGAUUCUCCAAGAGGUACUUUGGAUACUAACCAAUCACAUACCAGGACCAAAAACCUAGUUCUCAGUCCCCUUCUCCAACCAGAACUCAAGAAUUCACUCAAUCAUAAUGAUCCAGCUGCACUAACAUGAAAACAACACUGUUAGAGAACAGAAAGACUAAAAUAAGUCAUGGAGUCAUUUGUCUUGAACAUCUGAACAGUUUUUUUUCCCUCUAAACUUUGACUUCCUGUCUUCUCUCAUGGCUGUGGUCCUGAUAUUAGUAUCUGUCUGGUUAAAAACAGGCCGUCUGUCAAACCAAAGAUCAUGUUUGAGUUGUUUUUGGUGAAGAGAAACAUCAAAUUACCCUUUAAUGAAAUAUUGUUUGAUAUUUAUGUUGUUACAGAUUUUCUGAAUGUGGACUCUCAGAGACUCACUGUGAAGUUGUGGCCUCAGCUUUGAAGUCCAACCCCUCCCAUCUGAGAUAUCUGGACCUGAGAGGAAACGAUCUGCAGGAUUCAGGAGUGAAGCUUCUCUCUGCAGGACUGGAGAGUCCAAACUGCAGACUGGAGACUCUGAGGUCAGACACCAUUUCCUUCUGAUCUAACAAUAAGAUGUGACAGUUGCUGCCUUAGAUUUUUCUCUGUGGUUUUUCCAUCAACUUUGGUCGAGCAGUUUGAAUUUGUCGUUGUAAAACUUCAACACAGGAAGAAAAAUCCGACAUUUCAGAGUUGACUUUGAGUAGAACGAUGGAUGUAGAAAGGAAGCAGGAGAAAAUCAGUCCCACAAAUAUUACACAUGCUUGUAGAGGGCAGGAGCAGCACAGACUAAAGGCUGAUAUUGAACUGAUCCACAAUUAAUGUGAUCACUAAUGAAUGAAUGAAGUGUCAGAGAAAUGAUGAGCUGCAGAUUGAAACCUGGAGAACAAAGUUAAUCCAACUCUGGAUAUUUCAUUUGGAAACUCUUGAAAACUUGAAUUUCUUCUUUGCUCAGUCGUGUUCAAAUGUAAAAACCAGAUCCAGAUUUUUCUGCAGUUUUCACUUCAGUUUGUUGAACAUGAACAUCAUCUUGUCCAGUUGGUCCAUAAAAACCUCUCUGAUCAAUGAUCUGUUGGUUUAUUUAAGAGUACUUUGGCAGUUGUUGACAGCAGACGGACAGACUCCUGAAUAAACUCCUGACUAUUUUCAUCUUCAUGAAGAAUUCAGGACUACAAAAAAACCUUUGAGAUUUCUCACAGGAGUUUCUCAGGAUCUCACAAAACUGAAGACUCUAAACUAAGUUCAUCCUUUACCUGUUUCUGGUGUAGAUUUCUAUGUUUAAUGAAUUCUUUUAACCCAAUUCAAGUUUUCAUAACAUACUGUGAUAUUUCCAUAAAUGUCUCCUUACUUACAUGUGGAUCAGUCUGCUGUCUGACCUUGUUGAUCCUGAUGAAGGUGAGGGAGAAGAGUAAAGCAGUAAAGGUGAUGUUGUUGCAGACAGAGUCAGCUGACCUGUCUCAUCAGAGUCUCAUCCAUUCUCUGUUUGGCAGAGCGCUGAUGUUACAGUCUGAGAGCACAUUCAGGUUCAGCUUCACAUGGUCUGGAUCUGCUCAAUACAAACUCUUGAGACCAGCCUGGUUGAGGGAGGUGGGCUCAGUGUCCUGGGUGACUCAGCACAUUUAGCUCUCUCUGAGCUCUUCUUGGUUGAGAGUAUUUCUGGUUUGUCUCUGACUUCCAUGAACUCAGAUCUGGAGGAUUGCUGGCUGGUCCGGUCCAGUUCUGACAGUAGAGACAACACAGUCUGUUAUUCUGGGUUGAGUGUUCUUGUUGAAGAUCAGUGUACAGUGAGGGAUGAAGGCAGACAAAGAUCCUCCUGUUUCCUCCAUGUCACAGUUCAAGUUCAUUUUGAAGACUUUUAUUGAUCCGAGCGCUGAAGAGGAACAGGAAACAUGGAGUAGAGAGUGAGGGAGGACUUACAGCAAAGGAUCAUGGGAGUCCAACCAGCAACUGCUGCAACAAGGACUCCACCUUCUGAUCACCUGAACCUCUAAUCCAAACCAGUGCUCCAUCACAUCUGAUGUCUUGUCUGUUAUUUCACAUGGAGGGUCAGAGCAGACCAGAUCAUGAGCUCUGACAGACUGGAUCUGGUCCAAAGGUCUCCUGUUGGAGUUCUCUAAGCUCCAUAUUUUAAACCUCAACACCUGAAGUUUGAUUAUUAAUGAUUUUUAUCGUCAUUCUCUUUCCUUUUUUCAGACUGUGGGACUGCAGUUUGUCAGAGAUCAGCUGUUCUUCUCUGGCCUCAGCUCUGAAGUCCAACCCCUCCCAUCUGAGAGAGCUGAACCUGGGUAACAACAAUCUGCAGGAUUCAGGAGUGGAGCUGCUGUGUGACUUUCUGCAGAGUCCAAACUGUAAACUGGAAACUCUGAUGUGAGACUUUUUUCCUCCAUUCAAACAUUAUCAUGAUUUGUUUGUGAUGAUGACACUAAACUGCUGACUCAGGACUGAAAUACUGACCCAGACUGAACACCUUCAGUCCAGAGUAGAUUUUCUGCAUCAGUGGAUUAUUUGAUUGACUCCAGUUCGAUCACUGCUGAGCUCCAGUGAAUUAAAACCUGAACCGAAGAAGAAAACUCUUUGUAGAGUUCACAGUGAGAAGCACAUUCAGACAGAAAACAGAAGCAGGGGGAGAUUUGUCAGACGAGAACCAUUCAAACUUUUGUUCAGGACAAGAUCAGGGAAUAGAAAAAACUCAGAGUUUAGUUUCUGACACUGAUGAAAGUCCAGCUCUGUUACUUUGAAUUUUGUUUUUGAAUCUUUGCAUGAAAAUCUGAAUUUUCUGGUUUAUCUGCACUUUUCUGAAGCCUUGCUGUGUUUAGACUGAAAUAUUUACCUCUCAAAGACGUGAUAUUUUUGGUUCAGCAAAGUGAAAACAUUAUUUCCCAUCCGUCCUUUAAGUUGAUGACAUUUUCUGAAAAUUUUGAGCUGCAUUUACAAUCAGUAAAAUUUUUUCUGAGUUUGUUUUCACUAUUUCAUGUGUAACAUAGAAUUCACUGUUUCAAACUGACUUCCUGUUUGGUUCAGCUCUCUGGAGCGUCACUUUUCUUUGAUUCAUACUUUCCAAACCUUUCCCCUGAACUCGACAGAUUUAAGACAUCAGAUUUCAAACUGGAUCAGUUUCCUCUAAAAUCUCAUUAUUUCCUCUUUAUCUAGGUUGAGGAGCUGCAGUUUGACAGAGAUCAGCUGUUCUUCUCUGGCCUCAGCUCUAAAGUCCAACCCCUCCCAUCUGAAACAUUUGUGGCUGAGUGAAAACAAGCUGCGGGAUUUAGGAGUGAAGCUGCUGUGUGACUUUCUGCAGAGUCCAAACUGUAAACUGGAGGAUCUGAGGUUAGUUUAUUCUUUGUCUUUUUUUGGUGGAGAUUUCUAUGGUAAAUACAUUUUAUUGUUAAAAAAGUGAGUCUUGAGCCUCUUCUUAAAAAUAUCAACAGUCUCUGCGGCCCUGAGGCUCUCUGGCAGGCUGUUUCACAACCGGGGACCAUAAAAACUGAACGCCGCCUCCCCGUGUGUUUUUGUUUUAACUCUGGGUAAGGUUCAAAGGCCUGUGCCGGUCCGCGAGGGUUGAUAUGGUAAAAGUAAAUCAGAUAAAUAGGAGGGGCCAAGACAAUUAAUGCAUCUAAAAACUAAUAAAAGAACCUUAAAAUCAAUCCUGAAACAGACGGGGAGCCAAUGCAGCGAUGCUAAAACUGGCGUGAUAUGUUCCAGCCCUCUGACCCUCCUCAGCACUCUUACAGCUGAAUUCUGUAAUAGCUGAAGUGUAUGUAAGUUCUUCUAAUAGAUAGAUAAAGAUAAAAGCAUGCAUCAGCACCUCCGUGCUGGCCUGGGAGAGAAACGGGCGGACUCUGGCUAUAUUCUUAAGGUGGUAAAAACCUACCUUUGCUAAGUGUGUCUCUCAGGCCUUCAGGACCAAUAACUAAAACCUCGGUUUUGUCCUGGUUGAGCUGCAGGAAGUUGGCUGCCAUCCAGGACUUGAUGUCUAAAAUGCAAUUUAAAAGGGCAUCAAUAGGCCUGCUUCAUCAGGAAGUUGAUGCCGUGCCUCCUGAUGAUGUCCCCCAGGGGAAGCAUGUAAAGAUUAAAAAGAGUUGGACCUAAAACUGACCCCUGGGGAACCCCACACAUAAUUUCAUGGGUUUGUGAGGAACAUGUAUCCAUACUUACUAAGAAGUGUCGAUCAGUGAGAUAGGAGGUGAACCAGUUUAAGACAGUGCCUGAGAGGCCGACCAGGUGCUUAAGUCUAUUUAAUAAAAUGUGAUGGUCUACUGUAUCAAAGGCGGCGGUUAGAUCCAGCAGGACCAAGACUGUGAUGUUUUCAUGUCUAAAGGACAUGUUGGAGUGAAUUAAAUCGAACCUCCUGAGAAAAAGACAGCGGUGGCAGACAUUAGAUCAGGCUUCAUGACGUCUGUGCGUCUCUUUAUUCGACCAAAUCAGCAGUCCCAGAAUUUUCCCUCAUCUCUUUAGAUUUGAUGGUUUUUGUGAUUUUGAUGUCUCCACACGAACUUUAAAUUGUUGAAAUUGAAUUUUGUUUGUCAUGAUAAUGUGACAGCUGUUUUUUUAAAUAAUCUUUUAGAUUUGGAGUUUUAGUCUUUUAAUUUCAGAGACAUUUUGAACAUAUUCAUUACUUAUUAUUUAUUCAUUAUAACCAUAUCAUACUGAUAUCAGACAGGAGUGUGACAGGUGUUUAUUAGUCUUUUUGACACGUUACAAUCAUGAGGAUAAAGUCAUGGACUAAACUUGGGCUCCUAGUUUCCUUGUUGUUGUUGUUUCUUCAGCUAGCAUCAUUGUUUUCAUCACAGUUAUUAAAGUAAUAAUGAUGCUUCAUAAAUUCAGAGUCACAAAAAAACACCAAACAAACCAAAUCUGAAAAUCAACUUUUUAGUCAAAUGUGUUAAAUCUGUCAGAGCAUGAGGUUUGAGUUUUCAUGUGAAGGAAAAGAGAUAAAAUAAACACCUGAAUCCAAACCAGUGCUCCAUCACAUUUGAUGUCUCGUCUGUUAUUUUACAUGGAGGGUCAGAGCAGACCAGAUCAUGAGCUCUGACAGACUGGAUCUGGUCCAAAGGUCUCCUGUUGGAGUUCUCUAAGCUCCAUAUUUUAAACCUGAACUCCUGAAGUUUGAUUAUUAAUGAUUUUUAUCUUCAUUCUCUUUCCUUUUUUCAGACUGUGGGACUGCAGUUUGUCAGAGAUCAGCUGUUUUUCUCUGGCCUCAGCUCUGAAGUCCAACCCCUCCCAUCUGAAAACUCUGUCGCUGAGUUACAACAAUCUGCAGGAUUCAGACAUGAAGAUGCUGUUUUAUCUUCAGAAGAGUCCAAACUACAGACUGGAGACUCUGAGGUCAGUAUAGAGUUGGAGUUGGUCUGUGCUGAUCUCUCCUGUUCCUCUCCACACAGUAUCACAGCAGAUAUUCAGUAUUUCCUGCUGACUCUUCGACCCUCUCAGAGGAUUAUUUCUUUAGUGAAGCUGUGAGAACAGAAAUCAUCAAACCAGGAGUGUAAGAGUGUCAGUGAUGAAAAAAGUGUCUCCUCGUCUCUAUAUUUCAGAUCAAAUGUAGAAAUGAGACAUAAUGAAACAGAAAUGUUCAGUUUCUGCUCUGAAGUCCAGUUUAUAGUUCUCUGUAUUCAACACAGACUUUAUUUCUCUGCUAACUUGUUGAUUUUGAGCUCUAAGUCUGAAAACAGACAGCUGUUCUUUAUACUUAUUUUCACAGCAGGUUUGUUCGAUCAGCUUUAACACAUUUGACAGGAAUGAUUUCUUUAUUUUGAUGAUGUUGGUUUAUUUGUGAGGAAACCUGCUGCUUUACACCAUCACUUCUGGUCUGAGCAGGACUGAGACCUGCUGGUCUGUAAACUGGAUGUUCUUCAGUCCAGCUGAUGAAGUGAGUCUCAGAGUGGAAACACUGAUCGUCUGUUUUUCUCUCCUCAGAUGGGAGGAUUAGCUGUCAGAGUGAUUAAGAAGAGGAUCAUGUGUUUCCUGAUGAUCAGAGAGCUGGAGGCAGCAGCAGUGAGGGUGAGGUGAGUCUCUGACUGGGCCGUGUUACUGAGAGACUGACUGACCAAUCACAGCGGGCGGAGAGGACUCUGGGAGCUGCACUUUGACCUGCUCUGAGAUCAGCUCAGGACCUGGACUCUGGAUAUUUGAUAUUUUCCUUCAUAUUCUGGGAUCAAACAGUCUGAACAGGUUUGUUUUGUUGGUGGAAACAUGAUCAUAAAUUUACACUUUGAUUGGAUUACUUUGUUUUUACCAUGAUGCAGCGCCACCCAGUGGAAAUGUUUUUCUGUCCUCUUCACAGUGACAGACCAAAUAUAAACUGAAGGGAGAGGAAGAGAUGUGAGGAGAGAUGGAGGUGAAGGGAGGAGGUAAAGGGAGGAGCACCUACAGUUCAUAUUUUUAAAGGCAAACUCAAGACCUUCCUUUUUAGUCUGGCUUUUUGCUGAUUUUUGUUUUAUUCUUCUAGCCUCUCUUUUAGUCUACUCUUUUUAUCUUUUGUAUUUUACUCGUUUACUUUAGUCCGAAAUUAUUAUUUUAGGUUUUAACACUAUUUGUUUAUUUUCUUUUAUUGUUUGAUUUUAAAACAAUUUUACUAUUAUUAUUAUUAUUAUUAUUAUUAUUAUUAUUAUUAUUAUUAUUAUUAUUAUUAUAUUUCAUUUCAUUUUUCAUCAUUUUAUGAGUCUCCUAUAUCUUGUCAUGGUUUUAUCAGUUUAGCUUCAGCUCCUGUGUUUCCCCGUUUUAGUUUAAGAUAGUGAUUCCUUGGUCCUCUGUGGCUUCCUGUUGAGCCCUGACUUGGUGUCCCGGUGUGUGCGUGUGGGUGGAUGGGUGGGGUCCUCUGUUCAAUGCGGGCUUGGUGGGUGGGGUUUUGCAUUUUGUGGGGUUUUUUGUAUCCCCUGAUCCUCUCCUUCUUGUGUUCUGUAAUGUACAGCACUUUGUGAUAAAGUUAAUGUAUGAAAAGUGCUUUAUAAAUAAAGUGAUUGAGUUUUCAGGAAACUGGAGUUUUUUUCUUUUACAGGCUUAUUAUUACUCUUCUGUUUAUUCUUAAUUUUCUGAAAUGAUUGUAAAUAUUUAUUGGAGGUAAAUUGAUUUUAUUAUAUAAUAUUAUACAUUAUUUUCCUUCUCUUUACAUGUUUUUGUUCUCAGAUAAUUUUUGAGCUCAUCAAUAAUCAAUUCCUUCAUGUUUGGAUGAACAAACACAAUUAUUAAACCAAUUAUGAGACCUGAUAGUAAAAGUAAAAUGUGUGAAAUAUAAUCAGUCAAAGGAAAGAUUCUUGAACAAAAAAACAACAUUAUUUUUACUUUAUUAUGAUGGAGAAGUUUUCCUCUGACAGACAAAAAUAACCGUAUUGACUGGAGUCUGGAAAAAGUGAGAUCCGCAUCUAUUCAGGGUGAAGUCAUUAACGUGGUCGAUGCUGUUUUAUAAACUCAGUGUUGUUGAUUACAAUCUCAGCUUCAUAAAUUGAUGCUACAGUGGAGUGACUUCCUGUAAAAUCCACUGGCUUUGUGAGACCGUCAGCUUUCAGGAGAUAAGUUUGUGUUUCUGUGACACUCCAAAGCUUUUCUAUCCCACAGAGAAGAUCGGUGUGUUUUCAGAGACCUUCCUGAUCCCAUCCCUCCAAAAUGAAAAUUAUCUGAUGGUUUAUGGAUUCAUUUCAGUAACAAAGUGUCAUUUCUGUUGUUAGCCAAUCAGAGGCUGUAUUUGCCGUCAGCUGACCUGUAAAGGUCCAAUCAGAAACCAGGACAGCUCACGUCACAGUUUGAUCACAGCACAAAAACAGGAAAGAUAGAACUGUUGUGAACAGAUUCAUCCUGUUUAUUUUAUCUAGUAUCUAUAGAUCUGUGCUCUGUCUGCAUAACAGUAUGUUGGUUCUUCAUUUACACCAGAUCUUAUUUUAUUUCUUUUUACUGUAACAGUGUCAUUUGAAGACAGUCAAAACUUUAUUUGAAUCAAAACAUGUUAAAAACAUCGACUCAGCUUGUUUCAUUCACUGUGUCUAUUUGAUGAUUAUUUUUCAUUCAAACUGUUUUCUGUGUAAAAACUAGAUCUGGUCUGUAAAAAGUCCUCAAAGUGGGUCUGAAAAGUGGAGGAAGGACUUAUGGUAAGGGUGCUCCUAUAUUCAGGUCAAUGCGGUAGCAGAUCAGAGAGUAUUUAUUAUAUUAUAAUUAGUAAUUAUUUCAAUAAAUACUGAAAAUUAAGCCUAAUAAAUACAAUAAAAACAUGCAGAAAUGUAACAGCCUUUAAACAUUCACGUUGAAAGGUGUGAUUCAAUAUUAAAUGUAUUAUUUUUAAAAGUUAAACUUGGACAGAUUAUUCUAACUCUGACAUUUCCAGAAAGGACACAUGACUCUAAUGUCCCCAGUGAUCCUUGUGUCCCUGAACGCAACAUUAAAGUUUCCUACAUGUGAAAAAAAUUCAUUAUUGUACACGUAAUUAUUUUUGGUUUUGAUCAAGUUGUUUGAGUCUUGGCUCAUUAUAGGUACAGCAUCACCACCUGCUGGUCAAACCAAGAAACUACAGCUAACACUGAUUGUGCUCCUUUAUUUCAUACUUUUCCCCCUCCUAGAGCAGAAACAGAGACAGACUGUCUUUGUGAUGAUCUGAAUCUGGAUGAAGCUGUUCCAGCUGAGAGCUGCUCAGUCUCAAACACCCUGCUAACCUGCUCUCAGAUCCAGACCUGCUCCUCAGGUCCUGCUUGGACUGAAAGAGUCUGUGGAUCUUUGCUUCAUUCUCACAGCUCCCCCUCACCGAGUCACAUGACCUCUGCAGAAGACAAACCCUCAACACGAGCACACAGUUUACCAGAGCUGCAGUUAAACAGCAUCUGUGAGCUGUUCACACCUGAUAUCACUGCUAAUGAAGACCAUGAAACCUACAGGUUAAAUCUCCUCAAAUGGAUAUGAGCUUUCCAGGUUAGCACCAACAUAGUUUUCAUUCUGGACUUUUUGAUGAAAAUUAAAAUAUACACUUUGAAUAAUUUCCAUGCAAAGAACAGAAACCUUCAUGCAUGAAAUUUUGCUGCCAAACACUCUUUUACAUAUUCCAACCCCCCACACAAAGAUUUCAGAGAUCAGUACUUAGACCUGAAUCCAUUUGAUCACAGUUCAACCUCCACAUUAUAAUCAAAAGUGUUUUGACUCAUAGCACAAAGACUUAUCCUCAUGACCUGAUAAUCCAGUGAGCCUCCCCCCUACAUGAGCUUCUGUGUUUACUUCAAUGUCAGAAAAAUAGACGAUCACUGAGCGGGACCCUGACAAGUUUAGACAAGUAUGGUACGCACAGAUGACAACAGUAUGGAUCUGUAGUAGAAGAGUCCUGCUGCUAAACUGGCCUGCCUGCUGUCCUGACUUGUCCCCUAUUAAAAACAUUGUGAACAUCAUUGACUGGCGGAUGUCUUAAUUUUAUACAUGUAAAAUCAAAUUUGAAUUACAGCUGAGUGGAAGGAGAAGCAGAAAAAAAGAAAUCAAAAAGUUCCAUCAGCAACACAAAAACAUUAUUUUACACAUGCAAAAGGGUGGAGGAAGAAGUUAAAACUUUUUAAAUCCUACUCCGUUGUAAUCAUGAAACAGAAAAGUAAAAACUAUUCUUUAUAUUAAUUGUUAAACUUGUAGUGGGUAUUAGUGGUCUACAGGAUUGUGAAUUAUAUUAAAAGUUGUUCCCUAAUAUUAUGCUCCCCUUAUGUUUGUAAUUGAAGUGGACAAAGUAUAAGAAACAGCUUUUAAUAAGACUCCAGUUCACCACCUCCACUGUCUUUGUCUUCAAAUAUUAAUAUAAAUGAAUUUAAGCUUUAAUUAUCUGAUCAUGUUAACAAAAAAAGCAGAUCUUUUUUAUUCGUUCGUAUUAGACAGUCCAGGUCAUAGCAAGUUGGUGCAAAUUAUCUAUCUAUCUAUCUAUCUAUCUAUCUAUCUAUCUAUCUUAAAGUCUAUUUUUGAAAAAACUUAUUGAAUUAAUAUCAAUAAAUUGGCAUUCAUUUUGAGCACUCGUGGUUUAAUGAAUAAUUUGCAUUGUAUUUGUUGAUAAUAACUGUUAAAUUAAGUAUUUUAGUCUCUAAUUUCAAAUAGAUAACCCCGCCCACCAACAGAACCGUUAAAACCGGUUUGAACCAGUUCAACAGGCGGUCAACUGGUACCGGCUAAAGUGAACGAACUCAGGAAUAUUCACGGUGAGUUAUCAUGUCACGGAUUAUAUUAUCAUAUCUGUAUUGGAAUUACGUUAAUGUCGAAGUUUUAUCCACAUUAUAUGUUUUUUUUAGAGUUUCUCUGUCGGUCUUCCGAGGACACCGACACACAGAGUUGGCUACCUGACGAACUCCGGGAGAGGUAACGUUGAGCUUUCUGUAUUUUUAUGUUUCAGUAAAGGCGUCUGAGCUCCAAGCUUUCAGUUUUCAUGUUAAUGUUAUUAAAUUUGUUGUAGAGAUCCUGAAAUAACCGUGUAUCUGCUUUCUGUGAGCUAACACAGGUAUCUGACAUUAGUAAGUUCAGCUAACAUUAUUAAGCUAACGUUCAUUUUGAAUGGGAUCGUCUUUUGAUCCGUGUUACUCCUCCCUAACCUCUGAACUCAUGUGAUCCGAAAAUUCACGCAAAUAUCAUCAUAACCGUGUAAAAUUAAUUCGUGCUUCACUAACUUGGAACCGACUUCUCCACGACGUUAAACACCGUCAGUUAAACAGCGUGUUCGUGGGCAGGGGGCGCCACAGGGAUCCACGUUAGAGAUUGAGAGACCGAUCAGUGUUUGAAUCACCUUCACAUGUGGUUGGUGCAGAUUCUCCCACAGACUGGGGGGGGGGGGGGGGUGCAGAGAUUUCUGUUGUCUCUAUAACAGUGCAUCGACUUUUCCCCCUCUGACCGUAUUAGUGUUUAUUUUAGAGCUGCUGACAUUGUUUCCAUAAUAUAAAUCAGUUAAUGUUAUUACCUUUAGCACACAUGAAUCAGUCUGUGUGCUCAUAUGAUAAAGUACAGCUGUACAGUUCUGUAAGGGGAGCAGAAAAAAUAGACAGAAGCCUAACAACCUUAACUUGAUGCUCUGCCUGAUUUACACUGAAGUCUGUGCAGAGAUUAACAGGUAAGAAAAUGACAUAACUACAUAGGUAACAUGGUCAGAGCUGCUGUGGACAAAAACACUUCAUUUUUUGUAAAGUACAGUGCAGUGGAUUAUUUUACAUUUGCUCAUGUAAUUGGAAAAUUUGUACAGGGUUGUAAUGGAAAUGUACAUUUAGAAAACUGAAUGCAGAACAACAUCAAGAUGCACAGAGAUGCCUUAUUCAUUUGUGAAUACGACAUGGUCCAUUUGUUAUUUUUCCUCUGGUGUUCCUCUAUUCUGUAGAUUCUGUGAACAAUACAUGCUCCUGUCUUUUCCAGCAGAAUUUAAUCCCAAUGAAACCCUGAUUCAUGAUGGAUCAAUUUAUAGGUAAGAUUCUCAAAGACUGUCUUUGCCGACUGCAAAGUGAAAUUUCUGAGUGAUAGAUUUUCAGUUUGGACCUGAUAAGUUGCUCUGAACUGAGAGACAUAGAGAUUUUUUAAUGAUGCCUUGCUCUCCUUUAGUUGAUUAAAUAUCAGUUUAAUCUCAGUAACACAUAAUAUCCAUCGUUAAAGACAUCAGAUGAACAUCACACUUGAGGAAAACUCCUUUUGCUGCUAGAGUCCUCAGUCCUCACUAGGACCAGGAAGGUGGACCACAUCAGUCUAGUUCUGAGGUCUUUACAGCAGCUUCCUGUCUGUCAGAGGAUAUACUUUAAAGUCCUUCUGCUGCUUUAUUAAGCUCUGAAUGGUUCAGGUCCAAAGAACAUCAGUGAUCUUCUAGUUCAGUCUGAACCAUCCAGACCACUCAGGUCAUCUGGAGCAGGUCUGUCGUCUGUCCCCAGAAUCAGAACCAAACACAGAGGAGGAGCAGCGUUCAGUUUUCAUGCUCCAAACCUCUUAAACAAACGACCUGAAAAUGUCUGGUGUGAAGACAUAUCAGUUUAUUUAAAGACAGGUUACAGCUGCUUUUAUUAGAUUACUAUAAAAAUUAUUACAAGGUCCAUUUUUAUUUUCAACACACAGGUUUGCUCUGUAGCUUUUAUGCUUCUAUUUUAAAACAGUCAUUUUUUUUUACCUUACUGAGUGCUGAUGGCCCAAACUCAUGACUUAAUAAUUUCCUUGAAGUAAUAAUCAUCAUAUUAAUCAUUUUACAGACGCGGUAGUUCUUCUGCCUUAGCGUCUCGGUCUGAUUGUAUUUCCAUGAAGAAAUGAUCAUAAAUGUUCUUCAUUGAGCUGCGGCACCCCGCUGUAGUCUGUAAUGGACUGGCCUGAGGUCUCCCUACAAACAAGCGUCUGCCGGAAGAGAGUAGGUGAGUUGUGUUUAGUCUCUUUGCUAAAGAAGUUAGUCAAAGUUAAAAAGAUGUUUGGUGUCUAGUACUAUGUCUGUGACCCUAUAUGUCUUGUUGAGGAACUUAGGUGCUGUUCUGAUCAUUAUUUGUGGCUAUAGAGGUGCGUUUUGGUUGAGGGCGUGGCUCUCUGUAUUACUAUCCUUACUAGAGAAGCAAGCAGUCGACAACAUUCAUCUCUGGAGGGGGGGGUCUAACUCGGUGUUACGGUGUGUUUGACCUUAAAUUAAUUUUACGCCGGAAUAUCCCUUUAAUAUAUUCAUGUUUUGUGAUUGUUAUUGUGAUAGUAAAACUGACUCAUGCCUUAGUCAGAUUUGGACUUGAUUUACUUUUUACUGAAGUUGUUUCUAAAGAUGAAAUUGUAAAAAAUGAUCUGAAGAUAUAUUGAUUGUACUUGUGGAGAAUUUCAUGAUGAUGUAGUUUCUGCAUAAAUAAGAGGGAGGACUGUUAGUUAAUGUGUCUUUGUAGAUUGCAGAUCCUCAGAGUGAUGGAUACACACAGGAGAAUGACAGCUGAGGAGUCUGACUGUUGUUCAUGUCAUGAUGGAUCUCAGUGCAGCUUGAAUAGAGGUGAGCCUAAAUAAAUGAAACAAAGAAAAAUCACUUUGUUAAACCUGCAUAAUAAAGACACUGCUGUAGGCUCAGAGGCUUGUUUUUGAACUCAAAGUGCUUCAGUCAGCUGUUGACAGUGUUUGUGUUUGUACCACACUGUGGACAAGGUUACAAGAUAAUUCAGCAUGUUUACAUUUUACUGACGAGAAUAGGAUUUAUUAUGAAGCUCUACAAUUAAGAACAAGAAGAAUCACAAAAAUCUAUGAAUUUCUGAGCGUCUCAUGUAAUUGUCCAUGAUACAUUUAUUGUUGAAUGCAGUAAAUCUGAUAUCUUCAGUUUAUGAUCUAAUAAUGAAGGGCACAGCAGCAGGGUUACAGCUCUGUUACUGUGAAUUUUGUUUUUUAAUCUUUGAGUGGAAAUCUGAAUUUUAUGGUUUAUCUGCACUUUUCUGAAGACUUACUGUGUUUAGACUGAAAUAUUUACCUCUCAAAAACAUGAUAUUUUUGGUUCAGCAAAGUGAAAAUAUUCUGAACAUCCUUCAUUUCCCAUCCGCCCUGAAGUCGCUGACAUUUUCUGAAAAUAUUGAGCUGCAUCUACAAUCAGUAAAAAAGUCUCUGAGUUUUUUAUUUCACUAUUUAAUGUGUUUUUGAAUUCACUGUUUCAAACUGACUUCCUGUUUGGUUCAGCUCUUUGGAGCAGCACUUUUCUUUGAUUCAGACUUUCCAAACCUUUCCCCUGAACUCAACAGAUUUAAGACAUCAGAUUUCAAACUGGAUCAUUUUUCUCUAAAAUCUCAUUAUUUCCUCUUUAUUUAGGUUGAGCAGCUGCAGUUUGACAGAGAUCAGCUGUUCUUCUCUGGCCUCAGCUCUGAAGUCCAACCCCUCCCAUCUGAAAACUCUGUGGCUGAGUUACAACAAGCUGCAGGAUUCAGGAGUGAACCUGUGUGAUCUUCUGCAGAGUCCAAACUGUAAACUGGAGACUCUGAUGUAAGUUUAGUCUCUUCUGUUUCUGGUGGAGAUUUCUAUGGUAAAUACAUUCAUUAACCCAAUUUAAAUUUUUUAUGAAAUACUUAAAUAUUUCCAGAACUUUCUUCUUCUUUAGAUAAAUUCAUAGUUUUUAUUGAAUCAGCAUUUAGAUACAGAUGGAGGAAAACUGAGUUAUUUUGUUGAUUGAUUGUUGAUGAUUUUUUGUAAAUGGUUCAGAUGAUCACUGCAGUGAUGUUGACGGGUUUACUUCCUCUGUCUCUGCAGCUACAAUCAGUAAAAAAGUCUCUGAGUUUUUUAUUUCACUAUUUAAUGUGUUUUUGAAUUCACUGUUUCAAACUGACUUCCUGUUUGGUUCAGCUCUUUGGAGCGUCACUUUUCUCUGAUUCAUACUUUCCAAACCUUUCCCCUGAACUCGACAGAUUUAAGACAUCAGGUUUCAAACUGGAUCAUUUUUCUCUAAAAUCUCAUUAUUUCCUCUUUAUUUAGUUUGGAUAACUGCAGUUUGACAGAGAUCAGCUGUUCUUCUCUGGCCUCAGCUCUGAAGUCCAACCCCUCCCAUCUGAGAUAUCUGGGGCUGAAUAACAACAAUCUGCAGGAUUCAGACGUGAAGCUGCUGUGUGAUCUUCAGAAGAGUCCAGACUACAGACUGGAGACUCUGAUGUCAGUAUAGAGUUGGAGUUAGUCUGUGCUGAUCUCUCCUGUUCCUCUCCACACAGUAUCACAGCAGAUAUUCAGUAUUUCCUGCUGACUCUUCGACCCUCUCAGAGGAUUAUUUCUUUAGUGAAGCUGUGAGAACAGAAAUCAUCAAACCAGGAGUGUAAGAGUGUCAGUGAUGAAAAAAGUGUCUCCUCGUCUCUAUAUUUCAGAUCAAAUGUAGAAAUGAGACAUAAUGAAACAGAAAUGUUCAGUUUCUGCUCUGAAGUCCAGUUUAUAGUUCUCUGUAUUCAACACAGACUUUAUUUCUCUGCUAACUUGUUGAUUUUGAGCUCUAAGUCUGAAAACAGACAGCUGUUCUUUAUACUUGUUAUUUUCACAGCAGGUUUGUUCGAUCAGCUUUAACACAUUUGACAGGAAUGAUUUCUUUAUUUUGAUGAUGUUGGUUUAUUUGUGAGGAAACCUGCUGCUUUACACCAUCACUUCUGGUCUGAGCAGGACUGAGACCUGCUGGUCUGUAAACUGGAUGUUCUUCAGUCCAGCUGAUGAAGUGAGUCUCAGAGUGGAAACACUGAUCGUCUUUUUUUCUCUCCUCAGAUGGGAGGAUUAG